GUUUAUUUUUAGAUUUUAGCUUAAAACAAACAAAACAAAACCACAAAAACGUGCACUGAAUUCAAAGCCUUUAUUAGUUUUUACUUUUAGGGCAGCUUCUUCGAUUGCAACAACAGGAUUUCCUAGCUUGUGAAACUGCUUUAAUCAGUGGGAGGGAACAGGCUGGGAAAUUCCAGACCCAUUGUUGACAGUGCUGUGUAACUAGCAAUGAUAUAGAUACAUAUAUCACUUUAAACUCUUAUCUGAAGGGAAUGAUGGCUGGAUCAGAUGUGUCUAUCAGCUGUAACUAUUCCCUGUUUGAUGUCCCACCAUCUACUAUGGAAACCUUCUGCAAACUCAUGGACUGCAGUGAUGGGGACUUAGGAUGGAGGGGGCUUGGUGAGUAGAAGUUGUCUGAUUUCAGGGUUUAAUUACGUUUAAUACAAAAUAUGUAUUAUAAAAUUUUUAAAUAUAUAUAUACGUUUCAAUAUCAUUUUAACCUUUUCAUUGCCAGAGCAUCAGACCUGCAAUGCUAGAACUGAAGUAAUAUGUGCACAUGUCAAUUAAAAACUACACACAAAGUGAACGUGAGCACACUGUAUUAGAACUUUCAGAGAUUAAUAUGCAAAAAAAGAAGGGGUCCCAGUCACUGGAAUUUAUAGAAAAAAUUAGAAAGCAACAUAGCGUAUGUGUUGCAGUGAGUUGAUCUCCCUCCCACACUUAUUUUGUGCUCACAUGUACUUUGUGUGUUUUUUUCACAUUAUUAUAUUAUUAUUGUCUAUAUUUUAUUUCAUUGUUUGGACUAGUGCCGUUAUUUAGGUUGCUGCAUUACUAAUAUAGUUAUUAUAUUUAUUGUAUUUAAAUUAAGUACCGUUUAUUCAUUUAAUUUAUCUGCACUCUGAAACAAUACGUAGCAAUAUGGUAAGUUUAUUAACAAAGCUAAUUUACUAAAUCAGGAAUUGUGAGCAAGUGCAAAUUUCAGGCUAAAAAUUGGAAAACAUUCCCUGAUUCUGCUAUCUUCCACUUUAGCAUUCGCGCUGAAGGAGAUUACCGAAAUACCCUUACAACUUCCUAAAACCACAGACAGAGACAGGGUUAUUUACAGAUGUGAGAAUUGCUGGGACGUCAAAGUAAAUUUCAGAUUGAUAGCCAAAUAUCCAAACCAAUGAUAGAUUUGACUUGGAGAAUGUUUCUAAUUUGCCUAUUUUGGUCUAAAUUUUGAAAUACACUUUGAAUUCCCAGAAAUUCUUACUUUAGUAAAUAAUCUUGAGAUUCUUUCUUAUUCUCUGUUUCUUAUGGAAACUGUGGAAGUAAGAAUGUUACUUUGUCUUAUGUCGAGUUAUAAUGGAAGAAACAUGUUAUUAAUUAACUAGGAAGUCUGCAGAGUCUACGCAGUCUGCAUGCAACAUGGCAUAAAUAUUCAUGUGCGGGCCAUUAACAUGGAAAGUGUCAAGAAAACUGUGAUGAAUCUGGAAAGCCUAGUAGAGCAUUAGCUGGGUAUUCACUAAACAAUGGUUUCUAACUCUUUUUUGAACCAAGGUACAUUUCAAUGAGAAACACAAAGAUAAAGCACCGCGCUUACAGCAGCAGCAGCUUAGUAUCCAACAGCAGCUUAGUAUCCAACAGCUUAAAAUACAUAGUAAAAACAAAGAGAACGUUACCAGCGCUCUGGCCUAAAUCCCCAUGUGCAUUUAAACAAAAUGGAGGCUCUUUAGUUUUAUUCCAAUGGCCAUUUGAAUAUAUAAGCUCACCUGCCACGUCAAGGCAAGUCUCAAUAGGUGAGUUCCUACUCUAGCCAUUAGAUUUGCUGAUAUCAGCCAAGAAUCUCCAGAGAGACAGGAAGGGGUAUUUUAUAAACCCUUUCACAUUUAACCCUUUAUAGGGCUUCUACACAUACAAUAAACUUUGCAUACAAGUAUAAACAUCUCUAAUGAGACAGGAAUUAUUGUAUGUGUAGAAGCCCUAUAAAGGGUUAAAUGUGAAAGGGUUUAUAAAAUACCCCUUCCUGUCUCUCUGGAGAUUCUUGGCUGAUAUCAGCAUAUCUAAUGACUAGUGUAUCACUCACCUAUUGAGGCUUGCCUUGACGUGGUACAGCAUUUUUUUUCCUUAAAGGAACACUCCAGGCACCAUAACCACUACAGUGUGCUGUAGUAGCCAUGGUGCCAGGAAUGCUCUGGCAUCCCUCCAAUGUAAGUAGUUAAACUGCCUGCUAACAGUUUGAAAACUUACAUCGGUCCAUUGUGCUCCGGUCACCUCCUCUAUGAGAGCCAGAAGCUCUCUGCAUUGAGCUAAGCCUUAUGGUUUUUAGGGCUUAGCUGAUUGAUUGAGAAUAAUCAGCUGACAAAAAAAGAAAAAAGGAUUCAACUAUUUAACACAAAUGAAAACCUAACAUUUAGCAGGUAACAUAUUACAGGAAUGUCACAAGUCAGACUGUAUAAAAAAACAAAACAAAAAAAAACCUGUUUGGGCACCAUAACAGCUUCAUUAAAUUAAGUUGUUAUGAUGCCAGGUGGUCUCUGGUGCUGGCUCACCUUUAUAGGUUAAACUGUUCUUAGACAGUUUAAACUUAAAGUCUGUGUUCCAGCGCCAGAUCUCUCUGCAUCUUUGUCCUGUUGAAAAUCUGGAAAUCUGAAGGUUCUAGCAGUGUCGGACAAUGGUGCCACUGAUUGGCUGAGAGUGCCCAGCUGAUGCUUUCAGCCAAUCAGUGACUCCCCCUUCAUAAAACUUCCUUGAAAAAGGUACAUCACUGAUUGCCUGAGAGAGCUUUCUGGUAUAACGUUUUUGAGCACACGGAAGGACAGAGGGGGCAGGGAGAUCCAGCACCGGAACACAGACUUUGGGGUUAAACCAUCCGUCCGCCUCCUGAAGCACCAAGAGCUGAAAAGGGCCUGCUGGAGGAAGAUGGCCAUGCCCAACGAGGUAAAUCUUACCUUUACCUGCCCCCCAGCCACCGGACUCCCAGCAGCAAUGUCACCGUUGAGGGUCUUUUCAAAUUCUACAAUGUCCUCAGAUGAUGGCACUGGUACUUUAAUGCUGAUCCUAUUCCAAUCCUAUCUCUAAUCCUACAUUAACCCUACCCCUAACACAAUGCAUUAUUACUUCACUAUCACUAAUUCUAACCCUGCAUCUACCCUACCCUUAACUGUACACUAACCCUAACCCAGCAUCUACCUUACACUUUACCAGACACUAACCCUAACCCAACAUUAACUUUUACCAUACACUAACACUACCCCUACAUCAAUCCUAAUCCUAACGUUAACCUUAAUGCUAACCCUAACUCAGAGGGAUUCCCUCUGCUGACUUUAAUACAGACAUCAGCAGAAGGAUUGUGAGCCCUCUAUGCUGUGUGAUUACAGCCUGAGAUUUGGACCUACUUCCAUAGGCGUGUGCACGGGGUGUGCCGGGUGUGCCUGGGCACACCCUAAUCCCUGCGGCACGCCUAUGUAUUGAGACCGGGAGGGGAGAUCUCAGGAUCCCCCCUGUCGGCUCAUGCAGAGCCGGCGCUAUCUGAGUGCCGGCUCUGCUCUCAGCCUCCCUCCCCACCGACCCACAGGCAGGGAGGGAGGCAGGAGAGGACCUGGGGAGCUCUUGCCAGCAGCUCCGCCGGGUUCCUCUUGCGAGAUCUGAGCGUCUCCGCGGUUACCGCGGCAACACUCAGAUCUCGCGAGAGUGAACUCUAGCCCCGCAGGCUAGCGUUCACUCUCCCCACUAGCACCACCAGGGAAGGCAGAAAGGAUCCCCCCUCCCUGGCAUAAGGUAACAAGGGAGGGGGGAUAUUAAGCAAUCUGCUCCCACCUCCACUGGACCAUCAGGGAAGGCAGCAGCACGGUCCCCCCUCCCUACAUAAGGUAAGAAGGGAGGGGGGAUCUUUAUUAACUAAUCUGCCCCCACCUCCACCCCCACAAAUCACCCAAACAGCACACAUACAGCACACACACACAUACAGCACACAAACAGCACCCACACACACAUACAGCACACACACACAUACAGCACACAAACAGCACACACACACAGCACCCACACACAUACAGCAAACAAACAUCACCCACACACACACAACAUCCUCACACAUACACCACACAAACAGAACACACAGCACCCACACACACACAUACAGCACCCACACACACACAUACGGCACCCACACACACACACACACAUCACACAAACCGCACCCUCAUACACACACAGCACACUAACAGUACCCUCACAAACACAAACAGCACCCUCACACAGCACACUAACAGGAUCCUAACAAACACACAGCACACUACCAGUACCCUCACACACAAACAGCACCCUCACACACAGUACAUUAACAGCACCCUCACAAGCGCACACACAAACACCCACAUAGCACACUACCAGCACCCUCACACAGCACACACAGCAGUGUGUGUGUGUGUAUAUAUAUAUAUAUAUAUAUAUAUAUAUAUAUAUAUAUAUAUACAUAUACGUGGCGUGUGCUUGUGCUUUAGGCUGCGCACGCCUAUGCCUACUUCUCAUGCUACAGUUCCUGUCUCUGACGAUCACAUAUGGAUCUGUGCUAGGCAGCAGGCACCACUUAGCACCAAUCACCAUUCUUAGCUGUAGGGCACCUCAUUUAGGUCUCUUCAGACCCUGUGGUGUCCCUGUCUAGCAGACUAUCUCAGAAUUCCCUCAAAUUCCGAAAUAUCAUCAUAAGUGAAUGGGAUCAUUCAGCCACAGAGAAAAGAGUAAGCACUAAUUAACAGAUGGGCAGCACCACUAGAAGGCUCAAAAUCCUUCAAAUACAAAGAUAGUGAGAAAAAUAGAGAUAAGGGCUGUGCCAAUUCUUACAACAAAAUAUAAUGAGCAGUAAAAAUCACAACACAUAAAAUAGGUAAAAAAUCCAAAUAUCAGUAAAAAGAGUCCAAUAGAAAUGAUCUUACUCAGAUCAAAUAUAGAAUAAAGUGCUUGACCGGGAGUAAUAUCCUCAGUGUCUUUAUCCUGAUCAAUACACUCAUAUGAAAUACAAAAAACAGUGCUCACCAAAUAAAGAAGAGCAUACAGUCCACACUCAGGAAAAGGGUAAAAAGGGUAAAAAAGAGACAACUAAUAGUGCUCACCAAAUAAAAGCAACAAUAUGUAAAAUAACUAAACUAGUACUCACAAGUGAAGAGCAGCCUAACUGCUCUUUGCUAACAGCGUUGGUGGUAUGAUCAACACCUCGGAUUUCUUGGAGUACCGGAUACUAAAAAUUCCAGGUAAAAACCAAGUGUAUAAAAAAGAUAGUUGGCACAAGGAAAGUGACAAAAACAAUCUUUAUUACAAUACACAAUUAAAAUUCCACAAACGCGUUUCGCCUCAAGGCAUUAUUAAAAAAAUGUAAGAAAUCCGAGGUGGGGGUCAUAUCACCAACGCAGUUAGCCUGCUCUUCGUUUGUGAGUACUAUUUUAGUUAUUUUACAUAUUGUUGCUUUUAUUCGGUGAGCACUAUUAGUUGUCUCUUUUUACCCUUUUCCUGAUUGUGGACUGUAUGCUCUUCAUACUAGAGGAUAUUACCCGAUCAAGCACUUUAUUCUAUAUUUGUACGCUCUUCAUACUAGAGUAGAUUUGUAUCUGUUUUUUUGUCUUUAAUAUGAGUGGAUUCAUUCGUAUAAACACACAGAGGAUAUUACUCCAGAUCAAGCACUUUAUUCUAUAUUUGAUCUGAGUACGAUCCUUUCUAUUGGACUCUUUUUACUGAUAUUUGGAUUUUUUACUUAUUUUAUGUGUUGUGAUUUUCCCUGCUCGUUAUAUUUUCUUGUAAGAAUUGGCGCAGCCCUUAUCUCUAUUUUUCUCCCUACAGUGCUUUUUGAUUUAACUAAACCGAUGUAGUGCCAAGUGAGACAUGACUAAUCUAGCAGUCACUUAUAUUGUGGCCUGUCUAUUAUUCCAAAACAAGGAGCUCUGAUAUGUCCUGACAUGAAAAGCUGUUAAUUUCCUAUAGUGGCACUCACGUUUUCUCUCCCCACCCCCUCCUUAUCCUUUGCCCAUUAUCUUGCCCCUUUAUCCACAUAUGUUCUCAAUGUUACACAAUGUGAUGGGUUCAUCAUAGAACAAUGCACUGUUAAGAGAAAUGAUACUGCAAGCUAUGAGAAUGUCAAGAUUCUGUAAAUGUUACAUAAUGCCAUGUUAACAUUGACCUGCGUGGCAUUGAACAAUUCCCUGUCUAAUACACUGUGCAUUGUGCUGUUCAUCCAUUAACAAUACGACAAUAAAAUAAAAUUUUACAAAAGGUUAAAAAAUAAAUAAAUGCGUUAUGUGCAGUCUUCACUUUGAGAGCUGCAUGCAGCUGAUCGCAUUGAAUGCCCUAAUGUCAGGAAGGGGUUAAAUUAAUGGUAAUUUUUAUGUAAAUGAGAAUAAAAAGUGUAGAGUGAAUGUUGAGUAAUGAUUGAAGCGUGUAUUCGCUAAGUACGGUAGUGAACUAGAAACUUGAAUUGCAUAAUUCAGUCUGGAUUAGCCAAUACGGAAAUAUUCUGUAAAUCAUCAAUAGUCAUAGCUUGGCCGCGGAGAGGACAUUGCAGCAUUAAUCAAAACGUUAAACAAAAGUCUAAGGAAACCAUAAAAGUGAAUUUAACAGAUGAUAAAGCAAUGAACACACCUGGGAAUUUUCACGUUUCCUGUGCUUGGAAAUUCCGCCCCCCCACCCCCCUUCCUAACUCAUGCCAUAGAAGGUGAGGAAAUGGUGUUCCCACCCACAAAAAAAAAACAGAAGGGGGGAAAUGCCAACAAAAAACAGGCAGUCUCACCUUAAAGUGUCAGCUGUGUGACGAUAUAACAUUUACACCUUAAAAAUAAAGUUUUGUUUUUGAUAUGGUUUUUAUCUAAAAAAAGUUCCACAUAGCCUGACUUAUAGAGAAUGGGAAUAUCUGUGCUUUAGAGGUUUGAAGUGUCCCUUUAACAUUUGUAAAGAGUACAUGGCUUUCUCUUUAGAUAAUACUUUAAAAGAACAAUCCAGGGUUUAAAACAAAUAUAUGUAUUUAUAACACUGAAGUGUUUGAUAGUUUAUUUAGAAUUCUGGGGGGGCGGGGGGGGGAAGCUAUUAUCUCUAAUCUAGUGGUGAGACGUCUCCUCACCGUGUCCAUCCUAUUCUUCCAGGAAACCCACGUCAGUGAUGGUUUCCUGACAGAGGGCCUUGCCAUGAUCGCCAUGAUCUGUCAGCAAUGAAACCGGUGUUUAUAUGUGAGAAGCCUCUCAUUCCGCUCUGAACAAGCACUGUCUUGCUGACAGGUGGGAGGGUGCAGGCUAGCAUCGCUCUAAAAGUGCCAAUUUGCCUUGAAAUAGGCACUUUUAUAAUGUAAGAGAGAGAUGACACUCGUUUAACCCCUAAAGCACUACAGCAAGCUAUUCAUUUAUUUUGCAUGUAGCUGUAUAUCUUUCCAUUGACUUGUUAUGUCUGCAGAAAUCAAAGCAUAAUAUAUUAUAUAUAUAUUUCAAAUCCCAGCUAUUAUACCCAACAAAAAAUAUAAUGAUUGGGUUCAAUACUGCGUAAGAUAUGUCAUCAAAAAAUUAGCACAUUUAAAAAAAUAUAUAUUUUUAUUUAAAUGUGAUUUAUUUUCUUUUAGCUGAACAUAUCUCCACGGAUUGGAUGGAGUUCCGCAAGAUUGAGAGGUAUGCAGAGCAAGGUAAAAGCAGGACACGAGAGCUGCUCUGGAGCUGGGCGCACAAAAACAAAACCGUGGGCGACUUGUUGACAGUACUUUACAAAAUGGGGCACGAGAGAGCGAUUCAUUUAUUCACCAACCAAGGUACAGGGAAUUUAUGGGAGUAGUGUGUAUUUUGUCUGAUACAUCAUAUCCUCGAGCUGUUAUCAUAGUGAUUGCUUUAUUCGUAUACAUCAUUACAUUUUUGUGAACUGAAUAAAUUAAUUGCAAAAAUCGCCUAGCAUGGUGGUACCUAAUUCACAUUGUCACAAUAUUUUGAAAUUUGGAAGUCAAGCGCUUUUAACUACAGACAGAAUCUUUGGAUUAUUGCUAUGUUUUUUUGUGGAGCUAGUACUUGGUAUUCAUGUUUGAGUCCAUUCUACUACAGCAUUGGUUUCCAACCCAGUUCUCAUGUACCCACUAACAGUGCAGAAUUUAGGGAUUACCCAGUUGUGUCCAAGGUGUUUUUAGAAGAAAAAACAAAUGAACACUUUAGACACAACAGGGUAAUCCCUAUAUCCUGGACUGGUAAGGGGUACUUGAGGACUGGGUUUGGAACCCCUGUACUAAAGGAAUAAUUGAUGAGCACUUAAUGGACUUGAAUGAAAAAACAUUAAUAUUAACAAUAUAAUCUGUCCCAGCACUUGCUUAGAUGAGUUCUCUGCCUAAAUACUUUUUCGUCAUAUAGAACCAAAAAUUUAAGUAUGGGGGGCGGAGACAGGCUACUGAACUGAGCGGUCGCAUGUCUGCAGUUCUCCGGGCAUCAAAGGCCUAUAUGGUCGAUGUGGUGGAACCAGCCUCGCCACUGGGCAUUGGAGAAGACUGAUUGCCAGCCUCCUGCCAUGUGACUAUGGCCCCUGGGAUGUAUUGCCUGCUCUCCUGUACUGCUGAGGUUUGCUACCAACUAGGUGGAUUUGGCUAUGGAGCUUGUCUAGUGCCCUCUGUUGGUAGCAAUAGCAAUAUCUGAAUAGCAAGACUGGUUCAUUUGCAUAUUCGGGUAGAUUUGCAUAUUGCUAAUUCUGCAGGCAUGUGAGAUAUUUUCUGUUAUUUAUUGUCUCCCCCACCUCUUUGAAAAUAUGCCAUUGUGUUAUAAUAAGUCACUGUAUGUUGCCUGCUAUGAUUUGACUGUUUGUAAUUUUAUUGUAAUGACCAUAUGGGCUAGUCCCAAGGAAAAUAACAUUUUAGACAGUUUUUCUUGAUCCUCAACAUUUAAUCUUGUCUCGUGAUUGGAGGGGACAGCUAUACUCACACUGGAGAUUGCUAUGCUCUGCAUACUCCCUUGAGCCUUAAUCACUUAGUUCUUUUAAGAGCUCUUGCUGUUAUGCUCUCCUUGGAGGAGAGGUCUUCCCCACACAGUCCUGGAUGCUGGAGGUGCAUACAGGGUAGAAGGAAGAGGUCUUCCCACACGGUCCUGGAGGACAGAAGCUGAUCCAGGGUGGAAGGAAGACGGUGAGACUCCAGUUAAGCUAUGGCGGUUGCGGAGUCUGCAGUGGUUAUGGUGUUGGCUGGAGUUCUUGGAGCCCUCAGGAAGCGCUAGGAGCAUCCAAUUACGUAGGGACCCAGUUGGGGUGCCAGGUGAUCCGUUACGUUGGUGGCAGCAGUGGGAUGGCAUCCUAGUGUGAGGAGAAGCAGUUCAGAGACACCGGUAACGCUACGGAUUUACAAUUGAGGGAUAGAGCUAGCUACCAUGCAGCGUCCCUAUCUACAACAGCAUGGAGCGAGCAAGACCCUGGAUAGAACCCUGCGAAGAGCACCUCAACCUGAUAUGUCGCUACGAGGGUGACGCUUACCUUGAGGAGGUAAAGAGGCGGUUUGUCUGGUAUGGCCCAGAUACUUCCAACGAGGUGGUCUUCCAAGUAAUGUGCCAGUUGAGUGCCGAGAACCAUGUGGCCAUGGUCUUUGAGCAAAAACUGUGGGGGUUGAGUAUAUGGACACCCAAUCUCCAGCGGCCGUGUGCGCCCCAGGGAGCCGAAGGUGUCGUCCUUUCUCCCCAGUGGCAGUGUGAGUUACAGGAUAGCAGGCAAUACAUCCCAGGGGCCAUAGUCACAUGGCAGGAGGCAAUCAGUCUUCUCCAAUGCCCAGUGACGAGGCUGGUUCCGCCACAGUCGAUAUUUACAACCUCCACCCCAAAUGAAGCUACUCCAACUAAACCCCAGAUCGGCCCCAGUACCAUGGGUAGGAAAACCAAAAAACACAAGGCAGAUAAGCCGAGAGUGGGCAUGAGCAUUGGUGAUAUGUGGCGGCAGGCACAUGGCGCUUCACUGCCCAAGAUGGCCUCCUACAUGUGCCCUGGAGGCCUUCAGCUGAUGCCUAUGUGACAGCCACCACAUGAACUCCCGCAGUGGGUCUUCUCAACUAGACCUCCACAGGACACGGCAUACAGUAUGCAUACUCUGUGGCUAGAUACAGUUCUGGUUUAGUUAAUAGUUUAAUUAUCUGUUUUAACUUAUAUUUCACUCACCAAGACCCGCACUGUUACUGGGCACUAUCAUGGGACAACACAUGGACGUCACCAUACAUGGGUCCCCCUGGACAGCCACUCCUGGGUUAGUGGUUACAGGCAUAGGAGAGCGGCACCAACUAUCUUCCCCUCCCCCUGCAGCAAACAUUACCUGCAUUGCCCCACACCAGCGAGCUGCCUGACAGUAAUCACCCACAAAGACGCCAGAUAACAGAGGGCACGUAGUCCACCUACACUUUGUACCCAGCCAGGGCACAUUGCUACCCCAAGACCCAGACUACUUCCCCCACUGUAAGCAAACUGCAGCACCCCUAUAGUCCCAAGACCCAGGGUCUGCAAACGACACCCCCCUCCCCCCGGGGAUCAAGGGUAAUCAUCCCACCACUAGUACCAAUAGAGAAAUUGAGGCUCCAUACUCGGUGGGAUUCCGCAAACCACUACAACUUUGCAGACUACUCCACUGUAAAUCCAAUGUCCACUCUAGUACACACACACUUACAUAUCUCAGAUUAAUCAAUUAAUGACUAAUAUCGACAGGCAUAGUCCUUAUCUUGUUGUAAUUUUCUUAGGUACUUACAAGUAUGUUUAUUAUAAAAAUUGUGAAGUCUUUACUCGUGCCAUAGUAAUGUUUACUUUGAGUUGCUGUUGUGGCAGUACCGGUAUGCACAUCAAAAAUAUUCUUUAUAGUUUUUAUUUUUUUGUAAUUCUUUAACCCCUUAAGGACCAAACUUCUGGAAUAAAAGGGAAUCAUGACAUGUCACACAUGUCAUGUGUCCUUAAGGGGUUAAAGUAUAAGGCAUUUAUGUCUGGUAUCCCAGAUAUUUAGCAGCCAGCCUUAAGUUAAAUAUCAUGGGUGUUAAUGAUAUCCGCCAUAGCAUCGCUGAUAUUGGAGUUAUGAGUCCUUUGUUUCAGGGAAUAUUUUUACACCAUAUUCACUUUUUUUAUUGAUUUACAAAAAAUAGAUCUAGAUCAGACGAUUUUUCUAGUUUUUUUUCUUGCUUUGUUAUAUUUUCUUUGGGUGUUUCGUAUAUGUCAGCAUAUUUGUUGUAUCUUAUGGUGAAAGAUUUUAAAUGUCAGAUACAAAUACCAGUUUCAAUGUUCUUUAAACGUUCUGUGUUGUUUUUUAUGUUUUAGGAGCUGGUCUGGUCUGUGUACAUGGCUCAGAUCACAGGUACGCUGGAUUGAAAAAUCACACAUUCGAGGUAACCCUGCACUCCACACUUACAGGGCUUUCAGAACUCCUUGUUCAUGGGAUAUAUUUCUAGAUUUUAUUUCUGCUCAGAUAUAUAACAUGUUAUAUUUGCUUGUGCAGUAUGCAAAGACCACCACAUGAUCAUCAAAAUGAGUCAUUUAAAGGAACAAUCCAGACCCAUGAAGCGCUUGCUGUAGUGCUUUGGGUGUUAACAGGAUAUCCCCUUGUCCAAAUUUAUAAAACUGCUUAUUUAAGAUAAAUCAGCACUGGGGACAACCACUGCUCUAGGUUCUUGUUAAUACUAUAUGUGUAUAACAAUCCAUAUUAGAGCAGUCAGUGCCUUUGAAGAAAAUAUUUUUGUAUCAAAAUAAGAAUGCACUAGUCUUCAUUGGGCUAUAGCAGAUCUUUUGGGGAUCUAUUUUACAAAGAUCCCAAAAAUUACAGAUCCAGUGUGGGUUUGGUGGCUUUGGAGUGCAGGGUUCUACUUACCUCAAGCUGUCCCUCCCAGCCGCCUCACCUUCGUCCUGCUGUUCUCUUUAGCUCCUGGUGCUUCAUUUGCAGGAGUACAUGUGCAAGAGUACAGCAGUGAGGUCUGUGGAGGGUCCUGCAGGAGCCUCAAUAGAUCGUUGUGUGGAGCCCACAGCUGUCAACUUGUGACUUCUGCUGGGAUCAGACAAAGUUGACAUGGAGUUCCGUCUUUUGGCAAUUAUUGUCAAACUCCCUACUUUCCCUACUAGUCCCUACUUUAUAGUAUCUUUGGAUGGCAUUGGAAUUUCACUGAUGUUUCAACACAGUCCUGAUCAGUAUUUCAUAAAGAAGAUAUCUUAUGAAAUAUUGAAAAGUAAAAGAUCCACUUUUAGCACGCAGGUGGACCAGAUAUUUUUAAAAUUUAGAUGUGGCUAAUAUCUCAUCAGGUACUAUGAAAUCUACCAUUGUACACUCCAGACAUGAUUACCAUUAACCUCAUGCUAAAGAAAACAUGUGGCCAGUGGUGUACACACAAUCCAUGGGGCCCCGGUGCAAAACUGAUCCAUGGGCUCCCCCUCCCUCGACAGACACACUCGCAGACACAUACAUACAGACACACACAUACAUACACACAGACACACACACACAUACACACAUGCAUACACACUCAUACAGACACACAUACAUACAUACAUACAGACACACAUACACACAGAGGUAAUACAGUAAAGGAAAGGUGGUCUAGGCACUCCUUGGUUAAAAAAAUAGGCAAUUAAUUGGAACCACAGCCAUGUUUCGACCUUAUUGGUCUUUUUCAGCUUGAACCAAGGAGUGCCUGGACCAUCUUUCCUUUAUUAUAUUACCUCUUUGGGAAUUUGGUGUUUAUUCCUGGUAUUGCUAAGCACCCUGGCUCAGAUAGAUGGGAGUGAGUGCAGCUCCCUACUCACUCUAGACACAUACACACAGAGACAUAUACAUACACACACAGACAGACAGAUGCAUACAGACAGACACAUACAUACAUACACACAUACAUACAGAGAUACAUACAUACAGACAUACAUACAUACACACAGACACAUAAACACAGGUCGCAGGGUGGCUGGGCCCCCUGGAGUGACGAGGCCGGUUGCAGCUGCGACCGCGGUAUGUACGCCACUGCAUGUAGUUGGCAUUCCUCAGAUACUUGCUGUUUCCAACUUAAACAGAGCUCUCUAUCUCUAGUAGCUUCUUGUCUCUAACUUAGUCACUUAAUAAAGUAAUAUAACUGACACACUCUGGGGUAAUAGAGGCUCUGUUGUGAUACUCCAGUUAAUAUUUACCACUUGACUCUUGGUUAUGUUGAAACUUAUAAGCACUCAUACAACAAAUUCCCUACAUUUAUACAAUUACUCAACCAGGUACGGUACAGCUUACUGUUUGGAAAAUCUAAUACAUGUGAUACAAAAUAUUUUUUGUUAAUUUGUAACUGACGGACAAUAAUAAUAGUAUUAUUUGUGUGUUUCUCUGUAGACCUGCGGAGUUCCCACUUUGGAGUAUGUCGCAAGGGGUGUUUCUUUGUCCCCUCAGAAAGGUGAGGUGUACAAUAGGGUGUGAUAUGAGAAGUAAUAUAUAAAUGUAUGAUCCGUAAAUUGCAUGAAAAACAUGAUAAAGGAAAAAUAUAGUGUUAGGAAUGCAAAGCUGUAUUCCUAACACUAUAGUGCCCCUCUGCCCCCACGGUCCCACCCAGUCAUGUAUCUAAUGCACAUGGGGGAGCAAUAAUUCAAGUUGUUAGUAGAAAACUAUAGUCUUAUAAAUAUAUGCAAAUAUGUAUUGCUUUUAUGUUUUGUCUCAUUCGUACAUGCUGACAGAUUGGUUUACACUUGGGGUGCAUCCAAAGGCUUUUUUUUUUUUUUUUUAACAUUCCUUAUUAACCGCACUCUAGCAAGGUCAUGUUGGUUCUGCAGUAUUCUCUGUGUACUGAUCCAUUGUCACUCUAAGGUCUCCAAAAACAAGGCUAAUUAAAUACAAGGCUGAAUUGUGCCAGAAGACUAAUGAAUUACUGAUUAUCUUACUGCAUGUUUUUUGGAAGUUGCAGAAGUGAAACACAUAGUGCCUGGUAUCAUUUCCUUCCUAAAGACCAGUGGCAUAAUUCUAAAAUAGGCAAUGUGUCCAUGCCACAGCUUUUACUGAACUCUUAUACGGUAGUCGUCUCUAAUAAAGCCAUCAGUACACCCUAGUUACUUUAAAUUGUAUCUAAUCCUUCUAAUGGUCCAUUCGAAGCAAUCCCAGCAGGCCCUAUAUCACAGACCACAAGAAAUAUCUGCCGAAUCUCAGUUGUGCAAACAAAUGCCCCCAGACUUCAAAAGGAUAAAUGGAGAGGUUUUGCCACACAACAAUCCAUGCUGUUAACAGUUUUAGUUAGCCAGGAGCAUUCUGAUUAUUUGGUAGCUGCAUGGCCGGAUUAACAUAGGGGCUGAUGGAGCUGCAGCUCCAGGCCCAGGCCCAGGCCCAGGCCCAUGAUAUAGGCCCAUUGAUUUAAAAAAGAAAAAAAAAAAUUUUUCUUCAUUUUUUUUUUUCACACACUACUCUUAGGGAUUCCACCUGGCUUUUAUUUUAUCGGCACAGCCAGUAUUUGAGGCUGCCUGGCUGGUGCCAAUAUUGCAGUGAUAUUGGCAAUACAAAUGCUGGUAUUUUUCUUAGUUUAAACAAGAGAUUACUAUGCAAUACCAGCACUGGCCAGUAGGGGUCGCUGUAUGUGGAGACAGGCAGGGAUAGGAAGUUCCAGCAUAUCCCUCCCUGCCUAUCUAUACUUACUGAUCUGCAGGGGUGCAGCUACAGAGAGUCCAGACAGCAACUCCCACCCUGCAGAGACAGCCUACAGCUCAGGGAAGUAAGGGAUGGGGUGAAAGGCUGCAAGGAGACAUACACUGAGACACUAAGAGACAUUGGGAGACAUUAUGACACAGACACAUGGGGACACAGUGUCCCCAUGUCUCCCAGCCAGUGUCCCUGGUGUCUCAGUGCCCCCUAGUCUCCCAGUGACCCCUAGUCUCUCAGUGCCCCCAGUCUGCCAGUGUCUCACUGUCCCCAUGUCUCCUAGUGCCUCCAUGUCUCUCAGUGCCUCAAGUGUCACAAUGUCCCCAUGUCCCCCAGCCAGUGUCUCUAGUGUCUGUGUCCCUGGUGUCUGUGUCCCCAUGUCUUCAAGUGUCCCCUAUUUUCCCAUUGUCCCCAUGUGUCCCAGCCAGAGUCCCCUAGUCUCCCAGUGUCACUGGUGUCUUCGUGUCCAUAGGUCUCCCCGUGUCCCCAGGUCUCCCAAUCUUCCUAGUGUCCUAGUGACAUGGGGACCCUGGGAUACAUGGGGACACAGGGAGACAUGGGGCAUUCAGACACUGUGAUACAUAGGAUCACUGGGAGACCUGGGGACAUGACACUAGGGGACACUGGGAGACAUGGGGCACUGAGACACUGAUACAUAGGAACACUGAGACCUGGAGUAAUCGACACAUGGGGGCACUGAGUCAUGAGGGCACUGGGAGACAUGGGGGCACUCGGAGGAAUCCAUCUAUACAGCAGAAUCAAACUAAGUAGUUUUUUGGUGAUUUUACAGCAUUUUCUCUCAUGUCACUCCUUGUGAUUUACAUCAUGUGAUGUCACCCAUACAUAUUUAAUUAUGCAAAUUAGUAACGCCAGUAUGUUUUUACAAGAAAGGUGGCAACCCUAACUACUUUUCACAUACUCUUACUUAACCCCUUUAGACCGGAGGGCGUACAAUUACGCCCUAUUAUAGGCGGCUCUAUACGCCGCCGGGCGUAAUUGUACGCCCUCUGGUUUUUGCCUACUUACCCGUCCUCGUUGAAGCCCCCCGACCAUGUGAGAGUGGGGUCCUAGCGAGGACCCCACAAUCACAUGGCCGGGGAUAGCUGGCUUCUGUAUUGCCAGCAGGGGGGCUGCCUGUAAUGACAGGUGGUCCCCCUGCUGGCUGAAAAUAAAAUGAAAAUAAAAUGUAUUAGUGUAAAAAAAAAUAUAUAUAUACUUAGAUCAUAUAUAUUAUAUAUAUAUUAUCUAAGUAUAUAUAUACACAUAUGCAUACACACACGUACACCGUCUAGGUGUAUUUUACUAUUAAUAUAUAUAUAAUUAUAUAUAUUAAUAUCAAAUUACACGUAGACUGAUACUGGUUAAAUAUAUAUAUAAUUAUUGUUAUAUAUAUAUUUAUAUAUAAUAUAAAAAAAUUAAAUAUGUAAAUAUGUUAAAAAAUAAAAUUAAAAAAAUAAUUUAAAAAAUUAAUUAAAAAAUAUAUAGAUGUGUGUUAUUUCAUUCUAACUGUAUUGUGAUAUUAAUAUAUAUAUAUUUAUAUCAAAAUACACGUAGAACGAAAUAAUAUAUAUAUCUACAUACAUAAAUAUAUACGUAUAUAUCACUAUAUAUAUACCUAUAUAUAAAUAAAAAUAUUUUUUUAAAAUUAUAUAGAUAUACACAUAUAGAUUCACAUAUGUAUAUAUAUAUACAUAUAUUAAUUCUACAUAUAUAUUUAUGUAAUAUUUUUACAUAAUUAGGUAUCUUAAUUAAUUACAAUUAGCGGGACCUGCAUGACAACCCAUGCCGAAAGUAAAGGGAAUUUAAUUGACUAGCACUAUAUUUAACCCUAUAACUUUCCAAGACACCCUAAAACCUGUACAUGGGGGGUACUGUUCUACUCGGAAGACUUCGCUGAACACAAAUAUUUGUGUUUCGAAACAGUAAAAUGUAUUACAACGAUGAUAUCGCCAGUAAAAGUGAAGUUAUUUGCAUUUUUCAUGCACAAACAGCACUUACACGGACGAUAUUAUUGCUGUGAUACUUUUUACUGUUUUGAAACACAAAUAUUUGUGUUCAGCGAAGUCUCCCGAGUACAACAGUACCCCUCAUGUACAGGUUUUAUGGUGUUUUCAAAAAUUACAGCGUCAAAUAUAAGGCUUGCGUUUCAUUUUUUUCACAUUAAAAUUUGCCAGAUUGGUUAUGGUGCCUUUGAGACCCUAUGGUAGCCCGAGAAUGAAAAUUACCCCUAUGAUGGCAUACCAUUUGCAAUAGUAGACAACCCAAGGUAUUGCAAACAGGGUAUGUCCAGUCUUUUUUAGUAGCCACUUAGUCACAAACACUGGCCAAAAUUGGCGUUUUUUGCAUUUUUCACACACAAACAAAUACUAGCGCUAACUUUGGCCAGUGUUUGUGACCAAAUGGCUACUAAAAAAGACUGGACAUACCCCAUUUGCAAUACCUUGGGUUGUCUACUAUUGCAAAUGGUAUGCCAUUAUGGGUGUAAUUUCAUUCCUGGCUACUAUAAAGUCCCAAAGGCAACGUAACCUAUCUAGCGAAUUUCAAUUUCAAAUGUAACGUGCUAUAUUUGACCCUGUAACUUCCCAAAACGCCAUAAAACCUGUACAUAGGGGGUACUGUUUUACACGUGAGACUUUGCUGAAUAAAAAUAUGUGUAUUUUAUUGCAGUAAAAGCAAAUAGUAUUAUGACAUUGACAGUUAAAAUGUCAUGUAGAACUAAAAAAAAAUAAUAAUCUUAUUUUCUCCCAUUAUUUUCAUAUUAAAUUAUGUUGCACAUCUAAAUAUUUGAUAUUAAAUAAAAGCCCUGUUUCCCCUGAAUAAAAUGAUAUAUAAUAAGGGUGGACAGACAUGUAGCGCAAAUGCCAGGUUUUGUUUACAUUUUGUUUCGUUCACAACGUGUACAUUUGGCUCCGUCCUUAAGGGGUUAAGUAUGGAAACUUAAGAGGGAUGUAUGGGAACAAAACUUGUGUGGACUGGCUGACAAUCAUUAUAGUUAAAGGGACACUAUAGUCACCAGAACAACUACAGCUUAUUGAAUUUGUUCUGGUGGGUAGAAUCAUUACCAUCAGGCUUUUUGCUAUAAACACUGUCUUUUCAGAGAAAAUGCAGUCUUUACAUUACAGCCUAGUGAUAACCUCACUGGCCACUCCUUAGAUGGCUGUUAGCGAUCCUUCCUGGGUAAUGGCUGCCUAAAAUGCAUCCAAACAUUCAGUGUCUCCUCCCCCUUCAUGCAGACACUGAACUUUCCUCAUAGAGAUUCAUUAAUUCAAUUCAUCUCUAUAAGGAGAUGCUGAUUGGCCAGGGCUGUGUUUGAAUCAUGCUGGCUCUGACCCUGAUCUGCCUCUUUGUCAGUGUCAGCCAAUCCUAUGGGGAAGCACUGUGAUUGGAUCAGGCCACCACUUCUAAUGUCAGUAGACUGCUUGUUUUUAUGAGUCUAACAGCAUGCAGAGUUACAGCUUCAGGCUUGAAUAUAGGAAGAUUUUGCUAUAUUUAUGGAGGCAUGAGGGGCACAGGGGGACUAGAUGGUGGUGUUAACACUAUAGGGUCAUGAAUUCAAGUUUGUGUUCCUGACCCUAUAGUGAUCCUUUAAGGUAAUGAUGGCUUUGGUCUCUCUAACACUGUGGCAUGUUCCCUUUCUUCUACACUCACUACAUACAGCUUUUCUCUGUCCCAGACUAUAUACCAGCAGCUUCUGCCUGCUACUAAGAAGGUAAGGAGACAAGUGGACCAGCGAGUGCUAGGGGACAGUCCUUAGAAAGCAUUGAGUGAGCGCAUCAUUAGAUGCAUUUAUGCCAAGCUCAGGGUGCUGUCUGCAUAGUAUGCCCUUAGUUGGCCAGCUGCAUGAUUGGCAGGCAGCCUGACAUGCAUUCAUGCCAGGCUGGCCUUCUAAUUCUUUGGGCAGACAUGUCCUCUUUUUGGGCAUGUUCGCCCGUUUUGGCAGGUUACGUGAUUUGUGUUAAUGGCACACCCUUUUACCUUCCUGCUUGACUGGACACUGCUGUUAGGGUUUAUGGAUUUCCUUGAAAGAUGAAAACAUAAAUUAGGGAGAGAUUAGCCUAGGGUAUGUGUUUUCUUAUAGCUGCUGUUUUCUAUCUCUCCAGCACCAUCUCCAUCAGAUACAUGAUGCUUGGGACUGUUUUACUGUUUUUGGUCGAUAUGGUUCUGUAAUUAGGCCCGUCAUAAUUUCCAGCACCAGGCCCACUGGGCUCUUAAUCUGGCCCUGGGUAGCUGUAUUAAUCACUUUUGUUAUUUCAAUGAGAAGGUCAUAUAAUUAAGAAUAGUUAUUAUGGGUCCUUAAGGGGUUCAUUUGUAAAGAGAAGAGAAGAGAAUACAAAAAGUUGGUCAUCACUUUGAAAUCUUUGUGUAUUCCCUCUUUCCUUAAGUUAAAGCAAAUUUUGCGGUAUAUCUUUCCACCACGCAGAUUUCACAUGUAUUCUUUGCUUUUUUGUGUUGUGGUCUCUUACGGUCUGAUGACAUGUUUUACAUGGCUGUCAUUGUACUGACAUAUUAAACAGCAGGGGCCAGCUCAUAUACAGAUCAGAGCUCAAUCAAUUUCUAGUGUAAACAACAUUGACAGUACAUUUUCUUAAAAGUUAAUUUUAACCCCCUAAAGACUUGUAAUGGUCUUUUUGACCAUAACAUACUGCUGUUUAAGAAUCCUAUUUAGAUGGGGAGUGACGCACUCGUUUUAUGACUGUAGGGCUGUAUACAGCUACCACUGGUAAAAAAAAAAAAAGGUCUUUAGAGAUCUUAAUGUAAUUAUGGCAAAAUGUAAUAUGUGAAAAACUGAGUAAAAAAAACAAAGAACUAAAAUCGUAAGAGUGGUGGAAAAAAUCCCGUUCAUCCAGGUAUUGGCAAUUAGUCCUUAGGAGAGUGAGUCUAAUGUUAUGAUUACAUAUUGAAACCCAAUUAGGUGAUGUUAUACUAAUACUGUGUUGGUUUUCUCUCUCUUAGAGAAAAGUCCCCUGCCACCUGUUUCGUUUAACACAAUCAAAGACGUGACAAAAAACUUCCACCAAGACUUCCUGAUUGGAGAAGGACAGUUUCUUGAUGUGUACAAAGCAGAAAUUAAAAACCAGAUGUGUGUCGUAAAAGUGCUUAGAAAGGUAAAGUAACACAAUUACUUUCAAGUGUUAGAAAACAGAUUUUAAAUGUUAAGAUUUCAUAUUUAUAUUGAAACCGCAUGAAGAGAAUUGUGUGUUUUUUUUUGUGUUUUUUUUUGUGAUGUUUAGGUUUUCAUGUCAGUCAAUUGGUAAGUCCCCCUGUAUGUACCCUGAUUGCUCUUAAAGGAACACCGUGGCUUUAGGAAUACAUAUCUGUAUUCCUAAUGCUACAGUCCUGGUUCCCCCCUAUGUUGCCCUCCCCCAUCUGCACAAAAAUAAAACCAAAAAACAAUAAAUAAUAAUUCCUUACCUUUUCUUCAGUGCUGAGUCUCCCUCAGUGCUGCCACGAUCUCCUCCUCAGGUUGCAUCAUCUUGGAGGCGUGUACCCAGCAUGAUGGCUAAUCUAAUGCUUCUCAUAGAGGAGCACUGGGGAACGUGGGCGUAUGUGCAGUUCUCGACGUAAUGUGCCUAUGAUUCCUCCAUAGAGAAUUAUUGUAUUCAAUGCUUCUCUAUGGCUGUAAAUGAUGUGCAUGACGUCACUGUAUAAGAGUCGGGAAGUAAUAUUCUAGGCUCUCAUACCCAGAGAACAUGGAGGCGUGGCUUGUAUCCUCACUUCUAACCAUUCUAAUUAGUUCCAUAUUAGGUUUUAGGGGUAGGACAGGAGGGAGCAGGGCAGUAGGCACUAUAAAAAAAGUUGUUAAAGUGAGGGCGGAGCCUGACCUGGAUACAAGAUGGCCGCAUAAGCCGAAAGCUCCCAAGACCCAGGCACAAUAAAGCAACAUAACGCACACUGACAAAGCAGCUAAACCCACCAGACAGCCCGCUCACAUACCAGGCAGCACACAGCCAUGGGCGGCAACCGGAAAAACCACGACUCGCAGCCGUCAGUAGUCUCACACUUUCAGACACAAGGAGACCCGGUGCUAUCUUCUACACGUGGCCAGGAGAACUCAAACUCCGACCACAGUGAGACCUCAGCCCCGGAGACAGCACCGCUGACGAAAUCAGACCUCCAAAGCCUACUAAGAGAAGCGGCGACCGACAUCAAAAAUCACAUGGCAACAGAACUGGAGAAACAGCUUCAGGGCAUGAAAGCAGACAUUGCAGACCUGGGGGAGCGGACGGACCAGGUGGAGCAAAGGGCAGAUGACCUCAUGGAAACAGUUGAUGCUCAGGCAGACACCAUAUCUACUCUACAAUCACGUGUAGAAAUGCUGGAAAAUGGAAUGGAAGACCUCAGCAACAGAUCCAGACAAAAUAACAUCAGUAUCAGAGGCCUCCCUGAGACUGUAACGGUCUGAUGACAUGUUUUACACGAUCUCCUCCUCAGGUUGCAUCAUCUUGGAGGCGUGUACCCAGCAUGAUGGCUAAUCUAAUGCUUCUCAUAGAGGAGCACUGGGGAACGUGGGCGUAUGUGCAGUUCUCGACGUAAUGUGCCUAUGAUUCCUCCAUAGAGAAUUAUUGUAUUCAAUGCUUCUCUAUGGCUGUAAAUGAUGGCACUUUGCAAGCGCGCAUGACGUCACUGUAUAAGAGUCGGGAAGUAAUAUUCUCGGCUCUCAUACCCAGAGAACAUGGAGGCGUGGCUUGUAUCCUCACUUCUAACCAUUCUAAUUAGGUCCAUAUUAGAAUGCUCCACUCCACACUGCAAGAGGUAUUUCUAACCCUCCUACCCGACAAAACCCUGAAGCCCCCCAGCCCCGACCAAACAGUCCCCCAGAGACGUGAUAGUGAGGCUUCACUAUUACUCCGCUAAGGAGGCACUUAUGGAGGCGACCAGGAAAAAUCCGCCAAUACUAGACACCACUACGCUGGCAUUUUACCAGGACUUAUCACUUACCACACUAGCCAAGCGUCGAGAACUGAAACCUCUCACCACGGCACUGAACCAGGCAGGUCUGGUCUACAGAUGGGGACACCCCUUUAAACUCCUGGUCCGUAGACCAGACGGACCUUGGACCUAAUAUGGGUAGCCAACCACCGCAACAUCCCCACCCUCUUACUGUCCCUGGACGUAUGGCCCUUCUUAUUCGCCACCCUAGAGAAACUCCAAUUUCCCGUUCCCUUCACGACAGCCCUCAAAGCGAUCUACUCCACCCCAAAGGCAAAACUGCUCAUACCAAAUGCGCAGCCCCCCCCCAUUUCCCUAUAUGCAAUGGAACGAGACAGGGUUGCCCACUAUCCCCCAUCCUCUUCACCCUCUCCCUGGAGCCAUUGCUACACCUCAUACGCACCACCCCUACAAUCUCUGGCAUUACAGUACGCUCCCAAUCCUAUAAGGUAGCCGCAUACGCCGACGACCUCCUCUUAGCGCUCACUGAACCCCUCUACAAUUGGUGGAGGAAUACUCAGAAGCCUCAGGAUACAAACUAAACCUGGACAAGACAGAAUCACUCACCAUAAACAUAAACCAAGACACUAGGAAGAUACUGCACGACACACAUACCUUCCGCUACAACACAUCCCAAAGCUAGGCAUACAACUACCAGCAGCACUCCAUCGCACAUACUCCCUCAACUACACCCCAAUGAUACAAAAAGCAGCAAACGAUCUCAAAAGAUGGCAAGACCUAUCACUAUCAUGGUUAGGACACAUAGCAUCAGUAAAAAUGAACCUUCUACCCCGCUUCCUCUACCUAUUCCAAACCCUCCCCAUCCCAAUUCCCAAAAACUAAUAGACAACUUCAUCUGGGCCAAAAAAAGGCCCAGAAUUAAGAGAACAACAAUGUACAUCCCCAACAGAACAGGAGGACUGGGACUACCACACUUUCAAAACUAUUAUUACGCCGCACAACUCACACAAAUUCAAAGUUGGCACACCCCACAGGGGAUUAAAAGAUGGACGGACCUGGAACAUGACUUAUUCGGGUACGAUUUCCCAUCCCUCUAUAUAUGGGUACCAAAGAAAUCACGCCCCCUACCACCACCACUACCCCCAUCACUCACCAACUCAAUUGACAUAUGGGACAAAACGACCAGGAAAUUCCCCAUCAUCAACAACCCGAUCCCAAUGACGCCUAUAUUAAGCAACAGAGCAUCCCCCCCCAAAGACUUUGCACACUACGAACAAAACGACAUAUAUAGACUACACCACUUCUACAUGGGAAACCAUGUAACCCCAUAUAAUGACCUUCUCAACACUCAGACAGCAUACAAUACCCACGACUUCUUCCGCUACCUACAACUGCGAAGCUUCCUAGAACAACCCGAAAACACCAAAGCAGCCACUACUAAACUCACAAUUUGAGAGAGCAUGCACGCACACCCCACUCAGCAAAGGUCAAAUUACAGAAAACUAUACACUUCUAAUCACGAACCAGCCCUCAGGGGCACUAGCCUAUGUGGCGACUUGGGAGAAGGACCUGGGACCCCCAGAUGAACCCACCAACUGGCAAGACAUAUGGGAGGCAACAGCCUCCAUAUCAAUAUGCGUCAACCAUAAGGAGCAAGCCUACAAAACAUUGCUCCGAUGGUACCUAACCUCGGUACGUCUAUAUCACAUGGGCAGGUCAGACUCGGACCUCUGCUGGAAAAAUUGCGGCCAGAGGGGCACAUACGUACAUGCAUGGUGGCACUGCCCCAAACUGGCUCCACUGUGGGCAGAGGUGGCUUCUUUAGUCUCAGAGCUCCUUCAAAUCACCGUACCACUAGACCCAUGGACAUGUCUCCUCUCCAGACCACGAGAGGACCUAUCCAGAGCCCAAAACAAAAUGACAAACAGGAUAGCCCUAGCGACGAGACGAGCAAUAGCAAAACUCUAGGGCACCCCAAACGCCCCGACACUACAAACAAUCAUAAGCAAAACCAGGGAAGCAGUAGACAUGGACAGGAUCUCAGGCAUAAUACAUGAAACCUCCAAACAAUUCUACAAAAUAUGGGACCCUUGGCUAUCCGACCCUUACCUACAAUGAGGGCUCACAGAUGACCACCACUGCCCUACCCCUCUUGCCCGCUAAACUGAAAAAGCAACCAAAUCAUCACAACACCAACACACAACAGAAGAUGCACAACCCCAAUCCUGACCGCUAGGUAAUCAUUAGCUCCUCAAAACCGAACCCCAGCAUGGUACACCAACCCCUGUACAUAGGUUCUUUAUCCCUCCCCCAGUUGGUUACCCCUACCCACCUGAACUCGUAACCCUGCAGCACCACCACCAAAACCUACCAGACGAAGAGAAACCCACCCAACACUAAACCGGCUACGGCUGUGAGACCUAACACCCCACACCCAGUUACCGCAAGCAUCAACACAUUUGAACAGAUGAACUAAAGAGAAACAAAAAAGAGAACAAAACUGAGGACCUUGAAUCCCACCAAAACACACACCUGACACCUAACCAAAUGCGGGGACUAGGAACACACCACGUAAUAACGGCUUCUACGCAAGCCCUAUGACAACAAAAAGCAUUAAAAAAAACGCUCAUCUGAAUCAAACUCACUGUGCUACCCCUAUCCCCUUUCUUUUCUGUACCCCAUUUAUUUCAUUGAAAAACAAUAAAUAAUGUUUAAAAAAAAAUAAAAAAAAUUAAAGUGCAUAUAGUGUCCCUUUAAUUGUAGCUGCUGCCUCUGUCAAUAACAAUAAUGAUUUGGUGCACACUGAAUGCAAUGCAUUUUCAUUUGUAAACAGUUUUAAAACAAAACAUGCCAGGCACAAAGUAUCUAUCUACCUAUCAUGUGCUUUUUAAUCCCUUCAUGACAAAGGCAAAUCACAUUAUAUCAUGACAGUGUUAUGUUACAUGAUUCUUAGAUUACAUACGGUAUAUCUAUUUUUUUUUUUUUGAAUUCUUUAUUUUUGAGUGCAUAAGGAAAAAUAACAUUUGCAAAUGCGUGUAUCAUGCCCCAACAGCAUGUACCCGCGAUAUAGUAUUAAACAUCAACGUAUUUAAGCAUGACAAUAGAAUACAAUGCACAUUUUAUAUAUAGCGGCAUGAAGACUGUGUAUGAACUUAUUGGUUACUGGUGAGGUGAGAGAUGAGGAUGCAAGAACCAACCGAUUAUGUUAUAUGGCCAGUAUUACAUACUGAUGGCCCAAUUUAAAGUUAAUGUGAAGUAGGGGACCAUUUAUUCCUAGCUGUCUACGCAGUAAGCAACAUUCUGCAGCCAAAUGCGAAAUUAUCAUGUUAGUUUAUACUGUGUUCCUACCAUUCUCUUCUCAUUAGGUAUUGUUAGCCAGGUAAUUAACUGUGGUCUGUCUAAGACAUUGCGGGAAAAGCUGUCCUGACCUAAUGGCGUGGGGGCAGAUGAGUCGUCGAUGUAUUGCUUAACUGCUUUAACAAGCGCAGCUGCUUUAACAAGCUCAAACAUUAUCACAACAAUUUUACCAUGUUAAGGCAGAAGUGUUCUGAGCAUUUUUAGCAAGUUAGUAAUGCUAUACGUAACAGACGAUCAGCAAGCAAAUUACAAAGUGCGAGUAUAGGAUGUGUAGCGUAUAGCGUUCCGUCGAAUAACUAAACAUAAGAUAAACAUUAAAAAAAAAAAAAAAAAGUUAUAAUAAAAUAUAUUUGGCGCUCAUUGUGUGUUGAGCGACAGGUGGUAUGUGGCUCGGCAGGGCCGUAGCCGCAAAUUAGCAGGCGUUUAGACCUGAAAAGGCUGCAUUUAAGAUAAACAUUAUAAAGAUAAACACGAAGUAUAAUACGUGUAAACAGUAAUGAGGUCUGUGUUAGGUGGGUUGUGUAGCCUUGUGGUGGCGGUCACUGUGUCCCGAGUAGGGUGCGAUGUCGCCAUAUUUCGUUCAUGUGGUGACUGUUGCAUAGGGGUCGGGUGUUAGUCCCUGCGGUACAAAUGGGGUUGUUCGGGACGGGUCCCAGGUGCAAAUCGGGGAUGAUGUGCUUUGGCAGUUAGGCGGCGUAAGAGAGUCCCGUGGUAGGCCCAAGGCCUGUAGUAGCUGUGCUGCUUCGCUCAUGUCGCGGAUCCGAUGGGAGUCUGUUCCCUGGUGAAUGGUGAGUGUGUGGGCAGGCUGCCAUCGAUAUUGGAGGUCUCGUUGUCGGAGGAGCGUGGUGAGUGGCCUGAAGGAGCGCCGCCACGCAAGGGUGUCGCUCGAUAGGUCCGCAAAGAAAGUUAAUGUCAUGCCCUCAAAUUGUAGUGGUGAUUUUCCCCGUAAUGCGGUGAGGAUUGCCGUCUUGUCUUGUCUCGUGCGGAAGGCCAGGAUUACAUCUCUGGAGGCUGGAGUUGGAGCUUUGGGUGAGAUGGGUAUCCUGAAGAGAUGCUCGGGGCUUAUUUUGUCCGCUUGAGUAGGCGGCAGUAUGCUCGUGAGCAGGCGCUUAAUGAGUUGUGGUAAUGCCGCUGUGGGCAUUGUCUCAGAGAUCCCCCUCAGUUUAAUAUUGUUGCGCCGUCUAGCAUCCUCCUGUUCCGCCAUACGGUGCUCCGUGUUCCGCUGCUGCAGUUGUAGGUCGCUCACGGUUUUUCGGAGCUCCCCAAUGUCUCGGGUAGUGUUUGUGGAGGUGUUUUCGAGGAUGCCCAUACGGGUUGUCAGGCCUCUCAGGUCUCCCCUCAGCGCCAAUAUAUCCUGUUGCAGGCUAGAUUGAAGGUCUGCGAGCAGUUGCUUCAGGAUCAGCGUAGUCAACGGAGUGGAGUCCGUUAUGGGUCUAUUAGGCUGUGGGGAUAUUCCUGGUGCUGGAGCCGGUGCAUAUUCUUCCCCCGACAGGUCGUCGGAGAAGUCUGAGCAGCCUCCGUGGAGCGCCGCCAUGUUGGGUCCGCCGGCGCCACGCGCUUGUCUCCACAUGUCCCCUAUUGUGAGCCCGGGGGUGGCUUUGUCUGCGCUGAAUUUCUUCGAUUUGCGUCCCAUGUCGUUGGGGAUGUGUAGGGGGUCUUGGUUUCGUUUUGGGGGGUGCUCCGUUUGGGUAUUUUGUCCCGUUUUUCCCGUUUGGGCCUAGGAGCUCUGGGUUAGUGCGACUGCUAUCUGCUGUGGCUAGGCUCCGCCCCCACGGUAUAUCUAUUUUAAUGGUUUAUUUCGUCAUGUAGGAAAAUUUUUAGAUUACAUAUUAUAGUUAAUACUUGGCGUUGGAUAUGAAUGAUUAUAUAAUGAUAUAAUGUAUAUUCCAUUAUUCUUUAACUCCAUAAACCAUCAUCGCAAUUUGUUGUCAUCACAAUCUGGACCAUAUAGACUUAUGCCAAUAGUGGAUGUUCUUCUCGUUUUGUUUUGGCAAAUGCAUUGAUUCCUGCACCUGUUAAAAGCAUGGGAUCUUUAAAGAAAAGAUUGUUAUGAUGACUUGAUCAUUAGAAGAUUAAUCCCUCCUACGAUUAAAAUGUGCCUAUAAUUAAUCUGUACCUAAAGUUAAUAUGUGCCUAUACUUACCACGACACUUACACCAGUUUAAGCACGAACCUAUGUUUAGAUGUGUGAUUUAACGUUCAAACCCGCAAUAGAUUUGCCUGUCGCAAUAAUAAGCAAGUCCCAUAAGCCUGAUCUAUACGAUGUGUACUCAGACAUUUUAACCAACCAGAAUGUAUAGACACCUCUCCACGCUAACAAGCUGAAUACUACCUAAUGCUUAGACAAGCAAAAUCAGCGUAAAGGUAAUUAUCCGUUAAUUAGCCGUACCGCUACUCCUGGGUGAAAAGCAGCGUGGAGAUACCAUUGCCCUACAACCCAGGGAUCACCCCACGCAGCUUAUACAUCCCACAUCUAGUCUGUGUGUAAACGCGCUAGAAACUAUAAAAAUAUGUAUAACCUUCCACAUACAGGUUAGAUUAAUAGCAGAGACACACCGUUUUGCAUUAACAAAUACUAGCUAAUAAUAGCGUGCUCCCAACAUGACUACCCUCAUCUUAAAUAUAAAAUUGUGCAAGUGUUAUCAUAUGCCCUACUGUUACAACUGUCUUUUGGAAUGAGCAAGUGGAAUGCCAUUGGGGUACCUCAUGCAUGUUUGUUACAUCAUUAUGCACUACAAAAAUAAAGAAUAAAAAAAAAAACCCAGAAGAUUAAUCCCUUACUAUUGUCUGUUUUCUGUCUGUUUGCAGGAAAAACAGUUACGAGAUCAGAAACUCUGGGAAUUAUUUUAUUCACAAUGGAAAGAUUUGCCUAGGUGAGCGAUUUUAUUAUGUCUACCGUACCACAUUCUCUAUUUUAUUAGACUGACAUGGGAUAGCUGAUAAUUAUUAGAAUUGUAGUCCAACAAGUGGAGGUCCAUGACAGCCGUUGGUAGAGAACAGUGUAGAAGCUGAAGGACGAUGACAACCAUUGGCUGGGAUAAUGAAUAAAAACUGCAGACCAGCAAAUGUGAAGUUUGAUUGACUUCACGGAAUCAGAUUAUCUAGUGCUGUUUUUUCAGUAUCCACUAGAUGUCAGUAGAGAAUAUGAAGUUUAUUUUUCCUGUGAGUUACUGUUACCCAAGACAUUGUCUUAUACUUCUGUGCUUGUUACAGUCAAUCAGUGUUUCUCUUUAAAAUAUCUUUUUUAUUAUUAUUAUUAUUUUAUUACUUAUAUAGCGCCAGCAAAAUUCCAUAGCGCUGUAUUUUAUGAACUUCGUGCAAUUAACCACUUGUAAGGUUAAUGCAUAAAUGUUGGCAAUCGCACUUGAACUUCAUAGAUUUUAGUUUGCACUUUAAUGAGAAUGUUUAGAAAGCAGGAAAAUUGUGCUAGCUGUUGCUCAGACAUCAGUGGAGAUCAGUUACACGAAAGGACACUCUAUGAGCCAUGUCCUUUAAUUUUAAAUGUCUCCUAGUUUGUCUGUUUGUCAGAUUGCUUUGUCUCCUCUGUUGGGGGUAAUAAACUAAUAAGCCAUAAUAUAUAUAUCUUUCUCGACCAAUAUUACCCGACAAUCUUACUACACACGAACCUUUGAAUUUUGGGGGCAUUAUGUAAGCCUUACUGACAUUUUAACAUCAGUGGCUCGUGUCUCCUGGUUUUAUAUCCAUCGCAGACCUUGUUUAUGCAGUGAUAUUGAAUGUAUGUUCUUCAUUUUCCUUUGUUCGAAUUGAUUUUCUUUUAUAAGUUGCCUGUUCUGUGUUUUGAGAAUAAAAAAAUUAGAAUAAAAAAAAAAAAAAAAUUCUUGCUAGUUCUACUUUUUUUAAUUUACAUUCCCAGCCUGGAAUAUGUUAUACAUAGCAUUGACACGUUCUUCUACCAGAUAAUCUGCAACCAACAUUGAUGCAAAUGCACAAGUAGGGACCUGAACAGGUUGGAGGAUUAAACAAAGUACUUGACGUUUUUUUUCACUUACACUGGGAAUUGUCAAGAUUUCAGAAUGGCCAGCUUAUUUUUUAUGGCCCUAACUCUACAAUUCCCUGGUUGGUUCUUUCCUCCAUCAUUAUGGCAUUGGGAUCACAGUUAAAAGGUUACUCUUACUCCUACCACCAUGACCACUUCAAAUCAGUGAAGUGGUUGUGGUGGUUAAAGUUACCCUUUAACCUAAUAGUUAUUAUAUAUCAAACUUAAAAAACAAAUCAAGCAUUGUACCAAGUGACUCUUUCCAUCUCAUUGAUUGUCUUGUCAUAAUACCUUUUAUUUUUAUAUAUCUUUAGAUUUAAACAUCCAAAUAUAUUAGAACUCCUUGGAUACAGUUCAACCUACGAAGCCACAUGUUUGGUGUACCCGUACCUUACCAAUGGAUCACUCUUCAACAGGAUACAGUGCAUUGUAAGUUUUAAACACAUUUAAAGAUCUGAUUGAGUUCUUUACUACAAAACACGGUCUAUUUAAGAGAAUUCAUAAUAGAGAAUUAGAUAGAUUGUGUGUUCUCUAUAACAGACACUAGUUCAGACAUGAAUUUAUUUUGUAGCUGUCAGUGAUUGAUAACUGUAGCACAACAAGAUAUUUGCAAAGUUACUAGCUGGGUGUUGGGAAAUGUAGUUUACGUAUACCUGGAUUCAGGGGUGGCUCUCUAAUUAGGCAGUUUAGGCGGCCGCCUAAGGCCUCGCACUGGCUGGGGCCUCGCGGCCGCCUAAGCCGCCUUAGGGCAGACUGUGUUGGGUCCUCGGUCAGUAUGCCGCCGGGUGCGAGGCCCCUCCUGUCUGCAUCAGAGACACAACGGUCUGCAGCUCCGCAGUGAGCAGAGCUGCAGACCAUGUGUCUCGCGAGAACUGGCCAAUCAGAGUGUUGCGGCGGGUCUGACGGGUCUCGCGAGAUACAUGGUCUGCAGCUCUGAUGUAAUGGCCACCGGAUCACCAGGGAGCCCACAUAGGACCACCAUGGAAUAAAUAAAGGUCUUUAUCCCCCCCCGCCCCCCAUCACCCCCUCCCUCUCACCAUCACCCCCUCUCAAUAUCACCCCCCUCACCAUCACCCCCUCUCAAUAUCAACCCCCUCAUCACCCUCUCACACCCCUCUCACCAUCACCCCCUUUCAAUAUCACCUCCCCUCCCUCUCACCAUCACCCCCUCUCAAUAUCACCCUUCUCUCUCACACAUCACCCCUCUCACCAUCACCUCCUCCCUCUCAAUAUCACCCCCAUAACCAUCACCCUCCCUCUCUCAUUAUCCCACUCUCCCUCUCAUCAUCACCCCCUCCUCUCACAUCUCCCUAUCAAUUUUCACCCUCUCAUCAUCCCUCUCAAUAUCAGCCCCCACCAUCACCCCCUGCCUCUCACCAUCACCUCCUCCCUCUCACCAUCACCCAAUCCCUUUCACAUCACCCUUCUCAAUACCACCCCCACCAUCAUGCUCCCACACACUCUCACCAUCACCCCCUCACCAUCACCCCCUCCCUCUCACAUUACCCUUCCUCUCACAUCACCCUCUCCCUCUCAAUAUCACCCCUCUCACAAUCACACCCUCCCUCUCAAUAUCACUCCCUCUCACAUUACCCUUCCUCUCACAUCACCCCCUUCCUCUCACCAUCACCUCCCUUACACACACAGCCUCCCCAGACACACUGUUAGCAUCCCCUCACACUGUCACCCCCACACUGUCAGCCUCUUCAUGCAUCCACACUCACAUUAUCCACUCCUAAUCCUGUUAACCUCAUCCCUCCAAACUCACCUGCCUUCACUCUGCCACACUCACCCUGUCACAUUAACCCCCCUUAAUCCUGUCACACUCGUCCCUCCUACCAUGCCACAAUUGCCUUGACACACUUACCUCCACUCGCCCUGUCACACUUCCUCAUCAAACGAUGUAAUUUUCCCUCUUUCUCUCUCACAAUCCCCCCCCCCCCCUGUCCAUUUACCCUCUUCACCCUGUCAUACUCUCUCUGCCACUGGUACCCCUUUACUCACCUUGUCACAGUCACUAGCGGAAGACAUUUAUCAUACACACACAGUCAGGAAACAUAAUUUUGCCAUAAACACAAUGCAAAAAGGCCACAGGCAGACCCCCAUACACACAACACACUUCAAGCAGCUACCCCAUACACAUAUGGUCCCAGAUAAAAACGCAAACAUGCUCGUAGAGACAUACAUUGACACACAAGGAUACUCUCUGUCAGACACACUCUCAGGCACAUACACAGGUAAACUGUGCAUCAAUGUGUAAAUGUGACAGUGUGCAUGUAUUGCAACUCUAUUUUUUUCAUUUUGGUGUUAGUGGGGCCUCAUGUUUGAGUUUCGCCUAAGGCCUCAUAAAUUCUAGAACCACCUCUGCCUGCAUUGUCAAGUCACCUAUCUUUGAUCUACAUGCCUGCCAUUUUACACUUUUUUUAGGGUAAAAGCGACCCAUUGCUUUGGAAAGUUCGUUAUAAUAUUCUGCAAGGCGUAGCAAAAGCCAUUCAAUACCUGCACACCAUGAAACCUUCUCCAGUUAUAUGUGGCAACAUAACCAGGUAAAUAAGAAUGUGUUCUGUCUACUGCUAGCAAUCUGCGUAUUGUUAUAUUAUAAACUCAUUUAAGCAGGAACGACACCUCCUGAAUUCCAAUCUUGUUUUGUCACAGUUACUUGUAAGGAUCCCUUAUCCAUUUUGUAAUGGACUCUCAUCCAUUUUGUAAUGAUUUAUUAAAUAAUAGCACUAUAUAAACCCUAAAAUAUUUAUUUCGCCCACCAACAAACAUUGCAUAAAUGAUUGCACUAAGGAUUUCAAAUACAUUUCACUCACAGCCUAUAAUAGGAUACAUUUAAUAAAUUUGAAUCUAUUCUGUUUCCAAAUCUGGGUAAGGCUGAUGAUAUUUCAGGGCUAUUCAAUGAAUUUGUGAAGAAUUGAAAAGGGAAUUGUAAAGUUUUGUUCAAAAAGAGUUGAUUUGAAGAAUUUAUCCAAUUAUUUUGAAGUCAAAUUUGCAUAAAUCCUGGUUUGGUGAAUAAUCCAAUGUAUUUUAUUUAUUUCUCAACAUCCUGCAAUAAAUCCUCCUAUAUGUCACUAAUAUACAUGGUGCCAUGAUUGAUGUGAUGAUGUUUCUAGGAGAACAUUCUGUUACGAACGUAAUGACAUAUCGGUACUCUCACCAGUUGGUGUACUUGACCCUUUUCUAGAUAUAUUAUAUAUGGCAUAGAUAGAGUAUGUGAAGCAUAGAUCAUCUGUAGGCUUUAACCAUUUGCUUUGCUGUAGUUCAUUGUAGGUCAAGAGGAUAAUACAUCUGGGAGAGUUUAGUGAUUUUUCUUUCCACUGGCGCUGUGAAUAAAGUGUGUGACAUUAUACAUAAUAACAUUGGGGAAUAGCACAAUUUUCACAUUUUCCGCACAAUGGUUCUCAUUCUCAUUUUCCCGUGUUCCAGCAAAAAUAUACUGCUUGAUCAGCACUUUCAGCCGAAACUCUCAGAUUUUGCCAUGAUCCAUUUGCGGUCCUACCUGAUAAAUCACAUUUACACCAUAAAGAUGGAUCAUGCCACCCUCAAGUUUCUGGGAUACUUGCCAGUGGAGUACAUUAGGAGAGGAAAUCUGUCUUCUAAAACGGACGUGUACAGCUAUGGUGUUGUGAGUAUUAACCAAAAUUAACCCCUUUAUUCCAAAACAAAGUAUAAUGGCAAUUGGAAGCACUGAGCAAAUGUUGCACCUGUCAAUCAAAAAUACAGCACUUGGUAGAUCAUCCAUAUUUUAUUUCUACAUUUUACUGGAUAAAUUUAUAGAAAGCAGUUAGUUAAACGUCUUUUCCAAAGAGAUAUUUAUAUAAAACUUUUGCAUUGCUGCAGCAGGUAAGCAUGUGCUUAACCCCUUAAGGACUCAUGACAUGUGUGACAUGUCAUGAUUCCCUUUUAUUCCAGAAGUUUGGUCCUUAAGGGGUUAAAGGACCACUACAGGCACACAGACCACUUCAGCUCAAUGAAGUGGUCUGGAUGCCAGGUCCCCCUAGUUUUAACCCUGCAGCUGAAAACAUAGCAGUUUCAGAGAAACUGCUAUGUUUACACUGCAGGGUUAAUCUAGCCUCUAGUGACAGCCACUAGAGGCGCUUCUGCGAUUUACACUGAGUAAAUUGCACUUAUUUGACGCUGGACGUCCUCACGGACCCCUUGCGUUAAAAAAGAUCCCCGUAGGAAAGCAUUGAGUAAUGCUUUCCUAUGGGCGGGUUUGAAUGUGCGCGUGCGAUCGCCUCUGGACGUACAUGCGCAUUCGGCUCCACUCGGGAGCUGACGUCGAUGGAGGAGGAGAGGUCACCAGUGCCGAGGGAGCCCCGCACUGGAUUAAUGUAAGCAAAUAAAUGGUUAAUUACCCAUUUAUUUGCCGCGGAACGGGGCCCUAGUCACCACUCAGGUGACUAGGGCUCUAUAUCGUGAGGAAUACAUAUUUGUAUUCCUAACGCUAUAGUUUUCCUUUAAUAUGUCUGGAUAUCAAUCCCAAAAUGACUUUUAUUCUGAAUUUUCUAGAUAAUGAUGGAGGUUUUAACCGGACAUCAAGCUGUUCUAAAUGGACCUGAAAACAUAUUUUUGGUAAGCUGCGAACAUGAAUGUUGUUAUGCAAAAUGUAUCAAUUAAAUGGUCAGAGUGCAGUGGCCCUUUAGUUCUUAACAAUGCAAACUAAAACAUUGCCAUUUAGUAUAUAUAGCAAUCUUACGUUUGUAAUAUUAAACACACCUCUACGACUGUCUUCCUCUUUGCCAAUGAGGAUGCCCCCAUAUAAAUUGUUAGCAUAACACUACUACAGGUACACAUAUCUGUAUUCGUAACACUGUAGUGGUGUUCCUUUAACAAUAGUAACCGUUGUGCGUAAUGCUGUGUGUGUGUUGAUUUAAUUUAGACUGUGGGCACCAUUUUCAUAGUGGUAAUUAUAUAUUAUCAGUGUUAUAUGUUGUGUAAUUUUCUGAAGUUGUGAUAUGCAUGGUGUUUUAAUGGUGUAAGUGUUAUUAACUGGUGCAAUGUUUACAAUUCUAACUAUAACAGUCUAAUGUGGGGUGUGCAGGGCUCGAGUCCUGCAGGAACGCAUGGGAACGGCGUUCCUGCACUUUUUCCAAAGCAGGAACGCCGUUCCCGUUACCUGUCCUGCAGGACCGGCCCUGCUACCUGCACAGAGGGGCCAGCACACGCUGUGUUCCCUCUCCAGCUAUAACUCUCGCGAGACCCACGGCUGUUACCAUGGCAAUGCUCCGCACAGGCGAGUCUCGCAAGAGUUAGAGCUGGAGAAGGAACAUAGCGUGUGAUGGCCCCUCUGUGCAGCGGCUGGCUCCCUCCACCGGACCACCAGGCGAUCUCCCCCCUCCCUGACAAGGUAAGAAGCAGGGAGGGGGGAAUAAAAUAAAAAAUAUACAUACACAUAAAGUUUAAAAAAAAAUGCUCCCCCCCACCCACCCAUCAUCCAGCACACACACACCCAUCAUCCAGCACACACACACACCCGUCAUCCAGCACUCACACACCCAUCAUCCAGCACACACACACCCAUCAUCCAGCACUCACACACCCAUCAUCCAGCACUCACACACCCAUCAUCCAUCACUCACACACAUCAUCCAGCACUCACACACCCAUCAUCCAGCACUCACACACAUCAUCCAGUACACACACAUACACACACAUCAUCCAGCACUCACACACACAUCAUCCAGCACUCACACACACACACCAUCCAGCACUCACACACACAUCAUCUAGCACACACAUCAUCCAGCACUCACACACCCAUCAUCCAGCACUCACACACAUCAUCCAGCACUCACACACACAUCAUCCAGCACUCACACACACCAUCCAGCACUCACACACGCACACAUCAUCCAUCACUCACACACGCACACCCAUCAUCCAGUACUCACACACCCAUCAUCCAGUACUCACACACCCAUCAUCCAGCACUCACACACACCCAUCAUCCAGCACUCACACACACACACACACAUCAUCCAGCACUCACACACAUCAUCCUGCACUCACACACACGUCAUCCAGCGCACUCACACACAUCAUCCAGCGCACUCACACACAUCAUCCAGCGCACUCACACACAUCAUCCAGCGCACAUGCAUUCAUUAUACACACUCUUCACUCACUACAAACACUCUACAUUCACUAUACACUCACUACAAACACACUACAUUCACUAUACACCCUCUGCAUUCACUAUACACCCUCUGCAUUCACUAUACACACUCUGCAUUCAUUAUACACAUUCUGCACUCACUACACACUACAUUCACUAUACACACUCUGCAUUCACUACAAACACACUACAUACACUGCAUUCAUUGUACACACUCUGCACUCACUACAACACACUAAAUUCAUUAUACACAAUUUGCACUUACUACAAACACACUACAUUCAUUAUACACACUCUGCACUCACUACAAAAACACUACAUUCACUAUACACACUGCACUCACUACAAACACACUACAUUUAUUAUACACACUGCACUCACUACAAAUACACUACAUUUAUUAUACACACUGCAUUCACUACAAAUACACUACAUUCAUUAUACACACUCUGCACUCACUAAAAACACACUGCAUUCAUUAUACACACUCUGCACUCACUACAAAUACACUACAAUUAUUAUUCAUACUCUGCACGCACUACAAACACACUUCAUUCAUUAUACACACCCUGCACUGCACUAUAUGCAUAGGAGUGUAAUUUUUUUUUUUAAGGGGGGGGGGGAUGGGAAUCUUGGGUGAGUUCCCACACUUUUUUCCCCAGGACUUGACCCCUGGGUGUGUGUGUUUGCAAACUGUUUUAAAUAAGCUAGGUGUUGUAUAACUAGUGUGGUGUAAGUUUAUUGUGUUUAAGUCAAGAUGUUUGUAGAACUUCUAUAAAUAGCACACAUACAGCUACAUACGUGCUGUUUUUACCGUGGAAGGUCUUGUUUAAAUAGUGCAGCAUUUAAAUUGUUGCAGUUGUUUUGUAACUAGUCCACUGUGUGUUUUGUUUUAAUUGAAGUAAUCAAUGUAUGAAUAGUAUGUUGUUGGAAUGGAAUGUUAAUUGUUGUAGCUAUGUAACUUGUGUAGUAACACAGUUGAUGUGUGUAAGUGCGUGUAGUAAACUAAUUGAUGUAGUUAUGUUGAGUGCGUGGUCUUUAAAUGUAGGUAACUGAUGCUAUAGUAGUUGUUAGUGAUGUGUGGUAUUCUAACUGAUGUGGUUCUAAUACAAAUAGUGUUGUAUUUAAAUUGUGGUAGCUGUUAGUACAUGUGCCCUUUUUAAAAGUGUUUGUCUUGGUUGGCGUUUGUCUUGGUUGGUGUGUGUCCCUUUAUUUGACAUAGAUGUUUUGUAACGAAUAUUGUUCUGUGUGUCAUUUCAACAGCGAGAGUUACUGUGGGAUCUAACAGAGAAAAAUGGAGUGGAGUCUCUUCUGCCAAUUCUGGAUGAUAAAUGUGAUAGCUGGCCCGAAGCUACUGCACACAGACUGUUGAGCUUGUCCAUGGAUUGCACUUCAUCGCGUGUCAAGCAAAGACCCACCAUGGCAGAGGUCAGCGCCUAUGUUUUUAUAGUAUCAUAAAUCACUUGUGAUCCUGUGUCUGGUAGAUCUUCAGCACUAUCUAAAAGUCUGUGACUUUAUGAAUUAUUAGAUAUAAUUUGUUAACAGAGCAACCAGUAUGAUUUAUUCCACAUUGAACAUCAUAAUGAAAUACAUUGGGGAUUCUUCACUGAAACAGGAUUUGUGGAAUAUUGACCAAGGGAUUAAUCCCUUGAGGCCUCAAUGGUCGAGAUGAAAACAUAACUGGAUUGGAGACGUUUUUUACAAUUCAGUUAAAUUAGCUUCAAAUUUCUAAUUCUUUUGCCAAUUCUCCUGGUUAAACACAUCUAAGUGGGAAAUAUGAUAACAUAAAAGGGGUAAUAGCUGGUUAGUCACAUGCACCAAAUGUACAAAAAGAACACCUCACUUAGUCUUUUCACUGCAAAGACUCUGGUGUUUACUGUUUACUGUAAGAACAAUCAGGAUGUGGAAUUCUCUGCCUGAAGAAGUGGUUUUAUCAGAGUCCAUACAGAUGUUCAAACGGCUACUAGAUGCAUACUUGCAAGAACAGAAUAUUCAAGGAUAUAAUCUUUCAAUGUAGGGUAAUAACUGCUUGAUCCAAGGAUAAAUCUGACUGCCAUUCUGGGGUCAAGAAGGAAUUUUUUUCCUAGCUUGUUGCAAAAUUGUGCUUCAAACUGUUUUUUUUUUGCCUUCUUUUGGAUCAACAGCAAAAAACAAAUGUGAGGUAGGCUGAACUUGAUGGACGAAAGUCUCUUUUCAGCUAUGUAACUAUGUGUUUUUGAUACCGGAGAAACUGACGGAAGCAAAGCACAGAGGGAUGGACACAGGUUUCUUCAGGAAGGAAGAGAUUCUUUAUUGUAUCACCGAUCGGGACUCAGAGGGACUAAUGUCACCAAAAAUACAGCAAGUUCAGAGCCCUGAACAAUAGUGCAGGCUCCCUAUAUAGGCACAUAACUCCUCCCAUAUUAAGCUCCACCCGCACAUUCUCUUGACCAAUCAUUACAAAUAAGAAUUAACUUCCUGCUUGACCGCAUGGCUUGUCCAGCACAAUGGAGGAGGGGAAUACUACAUCCUGUAUUCUUGCACAUGCUCCGUACACUACUGAUCGUAUCUUGCCUCGUGCAACCAACUGAUCGAUACGUCAGCAUAUGCACGUACACAUGCCACGUGGUAAUCUCGGCCUACUAAAUUUAUUUUUACCGAGAUUCCACCACAUUCCCCCCUUUGAUGCCUCUUGAUAUUUUACAAUUACUUGAGGCAUCACUUAACCUUGGUUUGCAUACACCACAAGUUACCUUUGAACCAGACCAGACUUAUCCUAUGAUGUGAAUCUUCAACACUCGUCUUCCUGCAUUGGUUCUCCCUGAUCUAGAGCCUUAUAUUUAUAAAUUGCCAUUAUCUGUGCAGCAGCCUUCCUCUCUGCUAUAUUUUCUAUCAGGCUUUGCACAGACCUAACUACUAAGGGUAUAAGACACGGCAGGAGUAGACACAACAUUAAAAUCAGUAGGACUCCACCUACCACUGCCUUAAGCCCUCCAAACCACUCAUACCAGCUACCAAACCAACUACUUGGAUUGUACCCUUUCCAUACCUGAGUAGGCACAUGCGCUAGUUUAACCAUAUGGCUAGUAAGCUCAGCUAUUGCUUGCCCUUCGUCAUCUAUUUGAAGACAGCAAUUGCUCAGGUUAAACUUCCCACAUACACCUCCCUCUACUGCCAAAAGAUAAUCCAAGGCUAAUCUAUUUUGGUAAACUGCUGUCCUCAUCCUGGUAUUAUGCUUCGCUAGAAGAUUGAGCGCUUGUGAUGUCUCGUUAGUAAUGAUCUCAACCACCGCCUGUAACUUUAUAAUGCGGUUGAGCAUAUAAAUAGGGGUUCUAUAACCAAAGGUACCAUCCUCUGCCCACAUGGCUGGCCCAUAAUAAUCUAUAAUACGCUGGGGAGGCCAUUCAUUAUCUUCCCAGGCACCUAUCUCUAUGGGUCCCCUUUUCUUCCUAUGAUUCACAUCAUACACUUUAACACCUAAAGUCUCACCUGUUUCAAUAGGCAACAAGAAGAAGGAUGGUUUUAACAUACCCAACACACAUGCCCCUUCCCAGUCCUGUGGUAACUCCGAAUAGGCCUUCUUACCACAGAUCCAGUACAAAUUCGCUGGGGCUCUCCAGUUAGAUGUGAUGGAUAGAUCAAACCAUACGUCCUUUAAAUUGGCAUAUCUUGCAAACGGGUUAGAUGGUUCUGAGACAUUUGAAGCCGACCACCAAGUUGUAUUCUUUGUAUCAUCAUCAUAAGCUUUUUGCCCUAGACAAGUUAAUUCUCCUACAGAAGUAUUAUACAUCAUUCCUUUCCUCGCUAUGCAAACAUAACCUAUGAUGGAGGUCUUCAAUCUCCACUCAGAUUUACCUCUAACACUCAUAUGAUAGUCGGCUUGUGUAGAUAUUAAUUGGUCAACUGCCUCAGAACCGGACAUUACCUCCUUUGCUUCCCAAGGCCAUUGGUCUCCCAUGUUAGUACCUCCACACACAUAGCAGUUGGUAACAUUAAGACUACCGGCAAUACUCUCGGCUAAAUCAAUGAACAAGUUUUUAGCAUUAUGGGGGAUCUUAUUAUCUAUGCUCAUCUCUUCAUAAAAGGAAUGGUAUACUUGAUGAGUUUGGGAGGUUACCGUAUCAGACUCUAUCCCUAUAAACAAUAUUGUCCCAGGGUCUAAACCCGUCCCAUAUAUUUGAAACCCAAAUAAAUUACCAUAUUUAUCUAAGAACUUGUCAGGGUUAUUUAUAAGUAUAUGGAUUGGAUUGCAUUCCAUAGACUUACAAUAUGGAUUAGUAGGCAACUUAGUCACAAUCAUGUCCUUGUCUGCUGUCUGUCCCCAAGUCGCCCACCCCACACAAGACCAAUAUGGGCAGAAGUUAUAAUCUCUAUUUGGGCAUCUUGGACUUACAUAUUUAUUUUUACUACUGGGACAAAUAUAUUUAUCGUUAGACCCAUACGUCCUCUCCCAUCUAAGAUCCCCACAUACAUUCCACGGCUUUCUACCACUUGAUAUUGCUUUACACGCAUCAAAUAGCAGAGCACCUGAAGAAUAUACGGAUUUUAAUACCGUCUUAUUAAUUAGGGUCCCCUGAGAAUCUCCAUUUCUGAGAGUCAACCAAAUUGUACGGGGUUGAUACUCAGGACUGAAGCACUUAGGUUCUCCUACUCCUAAAUGACACACACUAUAUUCUAUAUUUAAGUAUCUACAUCUUGAUACAUCUCCUUUACACUCAUAUUGCGAAUGCCAAAUUAGGGUCUGGGAUAUAUGGUUACCUGUUCUUGUAGUCUUAAUGCAUACCUCACAGCUAGGAGUGUUGGUACCUCUACCUUCCUGAAUAUAAAAAUACACAUAAAUAAACAUUAUUAAAAAUACAUCUUUCGUCGUCAUCCUCAGUCUUCGUCCGUGUGAAGGCACCUCAGCUUCCAGGAUGUAAGGACUGCAGGGAAUGGAGUUCUGCUCGUCUUCACAGGGGUCCCCUCAAGACUUUCCCUGACUUAUACACUCGUUGGUGAGUGGACAGGCUUUAUUAUGGCCUUCUCACUCACUUACCAAGUCUCUGAAACAAUAAAAUUUGUAAUCUACAAGGUUCCUCGUCACUCCGACUGAGUCGUGCGUUUUAACCGGAUCUUGCAGGGAUUCUCUGGAUUUGCUGUAACUUGCCAGGAAUCGGCUGCUGCUGGUUUAACCCUGGAGUGAUGUAUCCACGGAGCCACUUCGGCUACUUUUAUCGCUGUAGGGGUAGACAGAAGAACAACAUAAGGACCUCUCCACUUGGGCCCUAACGGCACAUUAUUCCACUCUUUAAUCCACACUUGGUCGCCUGGGUGGUAACUAUGAAUUGGGGGAUAAAUAUUCACAGGUAAUCUAUCUUGUACCCAUUUCUGUACCUCCUCCAUAGUCUUACCCAACUCUACAACCUGCUGCCGGGUAAUUCCUUCUCCCAACUGACUCAAAUCCCCCCUUAAGUUACCAAGCACGGGAGGUGGUCGCCCGUACAUGAUUUCAAAAGGAGAGAGGCCCAUCCUUCUGGUAGGUGUACUACGGAUUCGCAAUAGAGCUAUGGGCAAGAGAACGUUCCACUUAAGUUGGGUUUCCUGACACAUUUUAGCCAACUGAUUCUUAAUAGUUCUAUUCAUUCUCUCUACCUUACCAGAACUCUGGGGUCUAUAUGCCGUAUGAAGCCUCCACUUUAUACCAAGCAUAUGAGUCAAUUGUUGUAGGCACUGAUGAACAAAAGCUGGACCAUUGUCCGAUCCUAUAGAGCAGGGUAGUCCAUAUCGGGGUAUUAUUUCUCGUAGCAGGAAUCUCACGACUUCUCCUGCUUUCUCUGUACGAGUAGGACAUGCUUCUACCCAGCCUGAAUAGGUGCACACCACUACCAGCAGGUAGCGAUGUCCACCCGAUUUAGGCAUCACUGUAUAGUCAAUUUGUAAAUCGGACAUGGGAAGUCCCCCCAUAAACUGGACUCCUGGUGGCUUUACUGGUCCUUGUCUUGCAUUAUUUUUAGCACACGUUACACAUCUACGUACAAUGGCCUGAGUCAAGUUGGACAAUCUUGGUAUGUAGAAAUGUUUUCUGAGAGAUUCUUCUGUACUGUCUCUCCCAGAAUGUGUCCCGUUAUGAUAGUUUUGGACAAUUUCUACCGCUAGUGAUGCUGGAAUAACUAUUCUUCCAUCUUCUAACUGAUACCAUUUGUUCUCCAAAUACUUUCCAGGUUCAGUCCUUAACCACUCCUCUUCUUGAGCUGUAUAAAUUGGAGUCCAUUGAGACAGUGGAGUUGGUAUAAGAGCAGCUAUAUGCCCCACAUAUUCCUGUCUUCCUGAUUCAGCAGCACGCUUAGCUGCACUAUCUGCCAUCCGAUUCCCUUUGGUUACAUCACCAUCUCCUCUCAGAUGCGCCCGACAAUGUAUAAUACCGACUUCUUUCGGCUCCCACACUGCUUCCAAUAGUUGUAGGAUCUCAGCUGCGUAUUUGAUUUCUUUGCCUUCUGAAUUCAAUAGUCCUCUUUCUUUAUACAAAGCUCCGUGGGCAUGAGUGGUUAAAAACGCAUACUUGGAGUCCGUGUAGAUGUUCACUCUUAAACCUUCAGCCAAUUGUAACGCUCGUGUCAGUGCUAUCAAUUCUGCCUUUUGUGCUGAUGUUCCUUUUGCCAGUGGCCGAGCUUCUAUCACCUUGUCUAUCGUUGUUACUGCAUAUCCUGCAUAGCGGAUCCCUUCUUUUACAUAACUACUGCCGUCGGUGUAAUAUUGAACAUCAGGGUUCUGGAUGGGAAAAUCACGAAGAUCUGGUCUACUUGAAAAUACUUCAUCCAUUACUUCCAAACAAUCAUGUUGACUUUCAGUAGGUUGUGGCAAAAGGGUAGCUGGAUUUAAGGUAUUUACAGUCUCUAAAUGCACUCUUGGGUUUUCACACAACAUUGCUUGAUACUUGGUCAUACGGCUGUUACUAAACCAAUGAUUUCCUUUGUAAUCCAACAACGUCUGUACUGCAUGUGGAACUCGUACAUAAAGUUCUUGACCCAGAGUGAGUUUAUCGGCUUCAGCUACUAGCAGGGCGGCUGCAGCUACAGCUCUUAGACAAGGUGGAAGUCCGCUGGCCACUGCAUCCAGUUGCUUAGACAUGUAGGCAACAGGUCUUUGCCAUGAUCCCAAGUACUGUGUCAAUACUCCCACAGCCAUUCUUCUUUGCUCAUGUACAUACAGGUAGAAUGGCCGUGUGUGGUCAGGUAGACCUAAUGCUGGGGCACUCAUCAAAGCCCUCUUCACAUCUUCGAAUGCCGUUUGCUGUUCUUGAGUCCAUAAGAAGGGGUCGUGCUCUGUACCUUUGAUAGCUGCAUACAGAGGUUUUGCCAGUAUCGCGUAGCUGGGAAUCCAUAUCCUACAGAAGCCUGCUGCCCCCAAGAAUUCUCGCACUUGUCUUCUAUUCCUGGGUAUCGGUAUUUGGCACACAGCUUCUUUUCUCUCUGGCCCCAUAAUUCUUUGACCUUCAGAGAUAUGGAAUCCCAGAUAUUUGACAGUUGGCAAACACAACUGAGCCUUCCUUCUUGACACCUUGUAUCCUGCCUUCCAGAGAAUGUGUAGUAGAUCGUGCGUUGCUUGCUGACAUACUUCCUUUGUAACUGCUGCUAUCAACAAGUCAUCUACAUAUUGUAAUAAUACACACUCUCCUGGGAUAGACUCGAAAUCUAGUAGAUCUUGACUUAGAGCUGAACCAAAUAGGGUAGGUGAAUUUUUAAACCCCUGGGGCAAUCUUGUCCAGGUCAUUUGGCGUUUCGAGCCCGUUACAGCAUUUUCCCAUUGGAAAGCGAAGAUACAUUGGCUUUCUGCGGCAAUUCGGAGGCAAAAGAAGGCAUCUUUGAGAUCUAAGACUGUAAAGUAAGUAGCCCCGCCCGGAAUUAAAGCAAGCAGGUUAUAUGGAUUGGGCACGACUGGAUGUAUACUAACAACCGCAUCAUUGACUGCUCUCAAGUCCUGCACAGGUCGAUACUCAUCUGUACCGGGCUUUUGAACAGGCAGCAAUGGGGUGUUCCAGGGGGAAGUACAGAAUUUUAGGAUACCAUACCGUAUGAACUUAUCCAGAUAAGAUUGGAUGUUCUUCUUAGCCUUCUGCGGAAUAUGAUAUUGUCUCAGGCUUACUGGAUAAACCCCAAGUUUUAGUUCGAUUUUAAUAGGUGGAAUAUUGCGGGCCAGUCCUGGUGGGUUGUUCUCUGCCCAAACUCCUGGUAUGUUAAAUAAGGAUUCAUCACUCCUCGGGUUUUGGCUAGUCAACACUGUAUAAAGUCGCCACUCUUCUUCCUUUGGUACGGACAAUGUCAUAAUACCUGAGGGUCCAUUAAACUUUAAGGAUGUUGUUCCAUUUGGUAGGAACGUAAUCUGCGCUUGUAAUUUGGAUAGCAUAUCACGUCCCAGCAAUUGGACUGGACACUCAGGCAUAUAAAGGAAUUGAUGUUUUACUACGUGGCCUCCCAAUGUACAGAGUCGACUUUUAAGAACCGGUUUUUCAGCACUUCUUCCAGUUGCUCCUAUUACAGUAAUAGUUCUUCCAGAUGGAGGAGCAACUUGAUUAGUCACCACCGAAUGUUCAGCACCAGUGUCGAUCAUAAACGCACUCCUUUUUCCCCCUAUUGAUACAUCGACCAUAGGCUCCGCUCGACCAAGGGGGAUGGAGCCCGGUCGGUAUCAAUAGUCCUCCAUGACCGUGUCAGCCAAUCCCACAAAGUCCCUACCUUCUCUAUCGCGGGACCUUUGCGCUGCUGGAUAGUACCUAUCUUCCCUUACACUUCCUCUGUUCCCAUUACUCCCUCUAUUACCAUUACUCCCUCCGGGGCCUCCUCUACCUCUCGCUCUGCCUCUAAAGUUUCCGUAACCUGCCCUGGGUAAGUCUCUCUCAUACUGCUCUCUUUGCGGACACUCGUUCCUCCAAUGCCCUUCUUCCUUACAGUACGCGCACUGAUUCCUACUCAAAGGCUCCCUAUUCCAUCUACCAUCGCCUCUAUCUGGGCCCCGUCUAUCUACGCCUGCGAUCGCUACCGCUAGCAUAUCUGCCUUUCUACGCAUCUUGCGCUCUUCCUCUUUCUUACUUUCUGUUUCCCUAUUCAUAUAUACUUUGUUCGCUACCUCCAUUAGUUGAGUGAUAGACAUACCUGCAAACCCUUCUAAUUUCUGUAGCUUGCGCUUAAUAUCUCCGUAAGCUUGGCUGACAAAGGCGGAGUUUACCAUUCGGGAAUUAUCAGCGUCUUCCGGAUUAAAGGGGGUAUACAAGCGGUAUGCCUCCAAUAAUCGGUCAUAAAAGACACUGGGCGCUUCAUCACUUUUCUGAAUCACCUCAACUGUCUUCGACAUGUUAAUAGCUUUCUUCCCUCCGGCUUUCAUGCCAGCAAUUAUAGCAUCUCUAUAGGCUUUAAGUUGAGCCAUAUCUGCGCCAUUUACAUUCCAGUCAGGAUCGGUGUUAGGGUAAUGUGUUGCGGCCCAUGCUGCCGGAUUGGCUUGAUUUAAAGCACGGGCUCUCUCCUCUAGCGCCUUAAUGGCCGCUUGGUUAAUCCUUGUCCUUUCCUCAUUAUUGAACAAUGUCAUUAAUAACUGCUGGCAAUCAGCCCAUGUCGGGUUAUGUGUCUGAACUAUCGAGGUGAACAGAUCGGUCAUAGCUUGUGGUUUCUCAGUGUACGAGGAAUUGUGGGUCUUCCAAUUCAAGAGAUCGGUAGUCGUGAACGGGACAUAUACGAAGACUGGGUCAGCAUGUGCCAUUUGACCUGCGGCAUCGAUAUAGGCUGACCCAGGAUUCAGACGAAGAGGCAUCUGAUAAUGUUUUAAUUGUUGGGUACCGGUCAGUUGUCGGGUUAGUAUGGGGCUACGUGGAGGGGCGUCAGUUAAAGGUUCCGGUCGAGAGGUAAUAGGGCAUGAGGAUGUGGGAACUUGAUUUUGGGAAAAGUUAGUGAAUAGUAUACUCCGAGCCGAGCUAGAAGAAGCUUGACCGGAAGUUUGAAGUGGCGCCAAAUCAGGAUAUUCAAAUCUAAUGGGGGUUGGUCCUGGUUCCGGAAGGGGAGUUUUAAUACGAGGGGGGGUGGAUUCUGUACUGGAGGAGGAAGCGGAAGUGGAUGGGGGCAAUAGGGGAAGGGGUGCAGAGCUUCCUGCAUUCGCGUCACUUCCUCUUAAAGGAAAGUAAGGAGGCGGCAAAGGGAUCUCGGACUCAGGGGGCGUGUCCAAAAUGGGCCUAACACCAGUCCUAGUGGACAAACAAGUCCUGGCCACCAUGAGGCGACAUUGCUCCUCGUGGCAUAUCCGGAUCCAUUUUGGCGAGUCGUUUACGGCCUGCCCCCAACAAUCAAUGUAUGGAAACUGUCCAUAAAGUUCAGGCCUACCUGACACAGCCACGUGUACACGCUGUACCAGGGUUGGAUCCAAACUGCCACGCGGCGGCCAUGCCGCAACCAAAAUAGGCCACUCCCUAGUGCACAAAGUGACCAAACGUACAGGAGACAUUUUAACCCCAAAAUCACAUGUUUUGAAUCCCUUUUUAAAAUUCUUUACCAUACAACCUAAGGGAUCCGAAAUCGUUGACUCUGACGCGCCCAUACUUAUCAAUGGAACGUCGUUGACAACGAAUACUAUGCACGCGUUCUUAUUCAACAGUCACACCCGUUUCCUCUGGCAACAGCACCACGUGGUACAGUUACCGAGUGAAACGUACACAAUAACACAAUAAUCACUCAGGGAAUUCCCGUACACACACAGCUGUUACACCAGUCACUAAAUAAUCAAUAUUAUGCCCUUUGGCGAAACUAUACAGUCACCCACGCUAUAAUUCUCUAUAUAUGAAUUACCCGUCUAUAACACACCCCAGUAACAUCGUCUUUUACUAGUAUCGGUUACAGUACGGUUAGCAUAGGUCAAAGCACAAUUUAAGGUCACAAUACAAUUAUUAGUGGUUACGGUGUUAAACAUGCAAUAGACGACAAUGAUUAGUACUUAUAUACAGUGUCAGUAAAUAUACAGGGUUAUGGUACCGUGCACUAUGAUACAGCAACACACUAUUAACACUCUCGCUAGACGGCUGAGCUCGCGCUAUCUAACAAGAUAUACACUUUACUAACAAUCUUUAACACAUUUACAAUCCCAACUAAACUAUUGGCCAGUACCUUGAAUGGACUACCUAAAACUAUAUACACCCGUUUUGGUUAGCCACACUGCCCAAACACCACAUAUAGCGAACUAGAGGGCGAAAUUUACAAAAUUGCCCUUCUAGUCUAUUUACUCUAUCAAAAGUCUAGUGGGUUCCAAAUUUACACGCCUUCCCACUUAGCCAAGAUAGGUUGAGAGCUAGCGAACCGAAUUUACACAGGCGCCGCUUAGUCUCCCGGUCCCUCCGACCUAGCGAACGUAAUAUACACCCUAGAACGCUAGUCUAGACAAGACACCGGUGUCCGGCUAGGGCUAUUUACACAGGACCCCGCCUGACUAACCAGAUCAAACGGUCUUACUAAAGAGCGUUCGAUCGAGCGGUGCGCCUUCGCUCCUUCCCUCCGACAGAGGGGGCAGAUUCCAUACACAGAUUUAAACCCCUUUUGGGCCUACCGCACAAUCGGUAUACCCCUAGUGGGUCUGCCGUCUAAAACAGCAGUUGUCUUACCUCCUCGUUCCUGAACCUGAGUUCACACUCAUCGACGGGGACACCCCAGCACUUCUUACGUAGAGGCCGAUGAUCUCCUGGACAACAGACCAGUGGCGCCGAGACGAAGGGAGGUCCACGCAGAAGUUCAGGGGUGCAGCCGUAGAGAACGUGGGCAAAGAUAGACCGUCUCACGCCUCUGCCUCUCAGCUACCGUUGAACGAUGAGCUUCCCGGCCAAUGCACCAAAUGAUACCGGAGAAACUGACGGAAGCAAAGCACAGAGGGAUGGACACAGGUUUCUUCAGGAAGGAAGAGAUUCUUUAUUGGAUCACCGAUCGGGACUCAGAGGGACUAAUGUCACCAAAAAUACAGCAAGUUCUGAGCCCUGAACAAUAGUGCAGGCUCCCUAUAUAGGCACAUAACUCCUCCCAUAUUAAGCUCCACCCGCACAUUCUCUUGACCAAUCAUUACAAAUAAGAAUUAACUUCCUGCUUGACCGCAUGGCUUGUCCAGCACAAUGGAGGAGGGGAAUACUACAUCCUGUAUUCUUGCACAUGCUCCGUACACUACUGAUCGUAUCUUGCCUCGUGCAACCAACUGAUCGAUACGUCAGCAUAUGCACGUACACAUGCCACGUGGUAAUCUCGGCCUACUAAAUUUAUUUUUACCGAGAUUCCACCACAUUUUCAUAUGUCAAGAUUUCAGACUCCUGAUGAAAUGUAUGUUACAAAGUGAAAUAUUGACAUAUUAGAAUACCAUUUUCUAUUUCAAUAAGAGGGCCUAGAGUGCUGAUUUUUGUUAAAGGGACACUAUAGUGACCAAAACAACUUUAGCUUAAUGAAGCAGUUUUUGUGUACAGAUCAUGCCCCUGCAGUCUCACUGCUCAAUUCUCUGCCAUUUAGGAGUUAAAUCACUUUUUUUAUACAGCCCUAGUUACACCUCCUUGCAUGUAACUUUCACAGCCUGAAUAUGAAUAAAUACUUCCUAUAAUGAGCCAUCUAAUGUUUAUACUUCCUUUAUUGCAUAUGCUGUUAAAUUUAAAAUUCCUUAACUCCUGCUCUGCUAAUAGCUUGCUAGACCCUGCAGGAGAACCCUGUGUGUAAUUAAAGUUAAAUUUACAGAGCAGGAGAUAAAAACUUUUAAAGUAUGUUACAUCUGCUUGAAUUUGAAAUCAUUUUGUUUUCAUGCAGGCUGUGUGAGUCACAGCUAGUGGAGGUGCGGCUUGGGCUGCAUAACCAGAAACAAUAGUAAAUUCUCUCCUAAAUAGCAGAGACUUGAGCAGUGACACUGCAGGGGUAUGAUCUAUACACCAAAACUAUAGUGACUGUAGUGUUACUUUAACAUAUAUAAUCAUUUGCCGUCUGUAGAAAUAUUGGGUUGAUCAUGUUGAUGAAAGACCUACAAUGAAAAAUAUAUAAUUAUAUGGGCAAUCAUGUGUCAGCGUUCAGGUGACGAAUAUACGUAUAUCGCAGUAAACUCCAUUAGCAUAUUGCUCACUGUCUGAAUUACAGCUGACAUCAAACGGCUGUACACCUCUCCCGGGAAGCAGAGUGGUGUAUUCACAAUACACUGAGCUGAAAAACAACUUGCAAAAUGCCUGGCUAGUUUAGAGACUAUACUUCAAAUACAGAAAAGUUCCUUCAAACGUACCCUAAAAAAACCCUAUAGGUAAAUCCCUCUGUUUUACGGAUAGUUUGGAAAUAUAAUCGGACGUCAACGAGUUAGAUAAGAAUGUACCCAAUUGAAAGCAUGCACCUAAUUUAAAUUUUUGAAUAUGUAACAAAAACUUGUUACGUUUAAUUUGUAAAUUGUUUAUUAUUAUGGCCUUUUCAGGUAAUUGAAGCAAUUGAAAACUCCAAGAACAACCAGUACAGUGAAAAUGAUCCCAAAUCACUGAAGUCUGUUCCACCUUCCCAAUGUCCUUCACCAACUUCAUUAAAUCUUUGCAAUGUCCCUGAGGAGAGUGACGAAAGCCAGGACUAUCCAAUCAGAUUGCUACAAAAAAAGAAAUUGACAGAAACUCCUUGCGAAUGCAGUCAGUCGGAGGUCACAUUCCUAGGAACACCCAGAAUGCAAGAGUCACUGAGGACUUCUGGGAAAUGUAUCUCCUCACUGAUACAAUCUGAUCCAUCACAUUCUGAGUACAUGCUGCUUCCCGAGUCCAUUUCACACAAACCUGUUGAGUGUAGCUGCUCAACGGAGACAGACAGCUUGACGUCCUGCGAAAACUGCAUAGCAAGUGGAUAUGGACACAGCAAUAUCAUCGAAAGUUAAAUAGGUCCUAGAUCUUUUUGGGGUACUGCUGCUUAGGAGAGCAGCAUAGUCCAUAGCAGCAGGGUUAUGGUACUUAAUGUCCAAGUUCAUCCUGCUGGCUACAUUGAAAGUAAUGGUAUUGAAGUAACAACUGCCCAAUAUAUUAGACUCCAGACACAGUUUGUUACUCUAGUUACCUUUCACGUUUUGUUUAUUAGUGCAUAAUUAUGAAAUCAAACAAAAUAAGCUACAUUUAUAAUAAUGCACACUUCAUCUUUCUUAUAUUUUAAUAACACCAUCCUGUUUUUAGGCGGGUUUAAACUGUAUAUAUAAAUUGCAUUAAAUGUUGCCCAUUUUAUUUAACUGUUUUUAUGCUGGAGGAGCCAAACCUUUCAUUAUGUUGUUUAUUCAUAAAACCAUGCGUUGACAACAAAAAAAUCAAACUCGGAAAUAAUAAAAUGGGGAAAAGAUUUCUCCAAUUCAAGAGUGUUUGUUUUUAUUCCCCACGCUAUUAUUUUUGGCUCUUUUAGAUACAAUGCUUUAAUCAAUUAGUAUCAUUAUAAUAAUUUAUGUAUAAAGCGCCAGCGCAUUCCGCAGCACUGUACAUGGGUACUAUUGAUAAAGUAAACGUACAAUACAUCAGAGACAAUGCAAAAUUUGACAGACAAAUAUAGGAAGAGUUGAGGGCCCUAUAGAUAGAUGUACAGCUUCCACUUGCACAAUUAUAUUCGAGGAAAUGUGACAUUUGCUAGAAAUUUGUAUAGAUUAAAUUUUAUGCUCUUUAAAGUGGUGCCAUACGCAUUCUUGUACACACGUGAAAAAACUUUACAAUAGUGGAUGUUUAUUUUUGUAUACUUCGGCAGUACACAUUUCUUUAGUACAUGAUGAUAUCAGGUAUCAGGCCGUUUCCAGACGUAUGAAUGACUUGAAUUUGAAUUCUGAAUCAAUAUUUCACGACUGCUCCCCUGGGAGCUGACUCUAUAUUGAUUUCCUACUGAGAUAUUGACAUAUAAUGAGUUUUGUGAAAUUAUUGAUAUUGUCUGAUUUGUUUUUUGACAUUUAUUAUUGGUAUCUGCUGUUAUACUCAGUAUUGUACAAACCUCUUCUUUAUGUUUUAAUAUUUUCUUUAAAUGUGCUAAUUUAUUUAAUUUGCCAUUUUAAUUUGUAUUUUUAAGAAUGCUGGACAAAACUGUUUGUAAUACAUUUUGCAACUAAGAUGGGUACUGCAUUCUUUAUUACGUAUUAUACUUUGUUAUUCAUCAUUUCAGUGCGAUUUUCAUUAUUCAUAAUAUUUAUUGUCUGAUGCACUAGCUAUAUUCAUAUGUAUCUGUUUACGAUGUGUACACUUCCAGGUGUGAUUAAUAUGCUUAAAACCAGAAAAUGUAAAAAAA